GCCGUCCUGCUUCCGCGGGAGCCAUGCGAAGUCGAAAGUAAGCUGGCGGGAGACGCGUCGGAAGAAAACAGAGAGGCAGGCGCAAUGGCAGAUCAGAGCCUGGAAAUGGCCUCUAUGAUUCCUGCCCUCAAGGAACUGGGCAGGUAGGUCUCAGGCCAACCUGCUGGAGUAGGAAAUGCCCCCCUUCCUUUGCUUGCUUGCUUGCUUGCUUCUCCCGUGCCCCUAGUUUUACUUCUCCCCAGGGAGCCAAGCAGAGUCAAUACAUUUAUUGACCCCAUUUUAUCGUCACAACAACCCUGUGAGGUAGGCUAGGCUGGGAGAGGGUGGUGAGCCGUGUAAUGAUAGAGAGAUUAGAGACCUAGCACUAAAUUGCAAUUCCCAGGAUGGGGUGGAGCCAUGACAGUUAAAACUAGUAUAGAACAGAUGUAGCCUUGUUCCGUCCCUCAUUCCUUUUCCUGCCAAGUAGCAAAACCAGUGCUUUUUUCCUUAAAAAAAUAUUUAGGGGUGCUCUCAUUUUGAUUCAAGAAAACCCCCAUUUUGUAGUUGAAAUCGGGAAAAAUAAAUACAGUAAAUGGACAAAAGUACGAAGAUUCACAAAAUGUUUAGGGGGAUGCGUACCCCUGCGGCCCUCCAGGGGGAAAAAAAGCACUGAGCAAAACGUUAUUAUACCUGUGGGUCUCAAUGCAUUAGUGAUUCUCAGGAGUUUGAAGCUGGAACCCUGAUCCCCAAUUUUAGCUGGCAAGGAAUAUAUGCAGGUGUCCCUUUAGUUUCCAUCGUGGAACCACAAUUGAUCCUCCAGCAACAGAGAAAGUGCCUCCACUUGGGGGGGGGGGAGUAGCUUUUUAGGUAGACUCUGAUACUGUAAUUUUAUUUCCAAUUACAAUAAUUAAGUGCUAAUUACCUCCAACCCCUCCCCACUUUCCCUUGGUGUGUUCCCCAGUUUGACCAGUCAAGAACAGCAAGUUUCUGGUUAUUUCAUACUUAAGCUGCCUUACUUGUAAAAGUAAAUUAUUUAAACACCUGUCAGAACUCUUUCCACCUGCUACUUUAUUUCUUUGACUUGGGCACCUUUUUAAAAAACCCAACAGCUAUAUUUCCAUACUAAUAUAUAAUACUUCCAUCAUUGGAAAACUUCACUCCCAUUAAUUUUGCAGUAUAAAUGAUUCUGUUUUUCAAUUAUGUUUCAGUGAGAUUCUCCUUGCAAUACAUGCCUGGAUUAAAAAAACCCAGACCAUUUAUUCUCCUCUUUCAUAUUUCAAAGAAGAUUUUAAUUAGCCAAAGUGUGCCCUGACAUGAAAUAAAUCUGUACCAGGCCUUUCCCUGCUUGAAGUAAUACUGUUAUGCCCUGCUUUUGCUACUGGAAAAUUGUUAGCACUUUUUACUGCCCAACUGAAUGGCUGUUUUCUCAUUUGAUCCCCCCCAUCAGCUAUGAAUAAGCUUGGCUAACACAUCACAUUUAAUGUCUACUCAGAAAUAGGUCCUGUUGAAUUCAGUAGGGCUUAGUCUGUGUAAAGUGGGGUUACAUCUACAGCCUUAGAUCUAAUCAAUGACCCUUAUUCUUUUUACCAUUAUGUAGAGACUAAACACAAAAUUUGAAGGUGCUGCACUCCUUUGAAAUGCUUCACAGUCUGAUUGAGAUUUAGGCAUCUUGGAUAACUUGGUGUCAACUGACAAAUAAUUUGCUGGUAAAAAAAAGAAAUGGAAGUUCUUCCCCAGUAAGAUUUCAGGGAAAGUUGGUGUUGUGUCUGAUAUUAAAGACUCUAAUAGUUGCCUUGUGCAAAGACUCUUAAAUUGUUAAAAUAACAUAUUUAAGCAGAAACACAGGUGCAACUUUUAAAACAAUUCUUAUUUCCAGGGCUACUCCAGAGGAAUACAAUAUAGUGGUACAGAAGCCAAGACAAAUACUCUGCCAGUUCAUUGACCGGAUCCUUGUGGAUGUAGAUGUGGGUAAGUAAAGGUACUAAAAAUAAGGCCCCUUUAGUAUUUAGAGCCUAAAUACUAAAGGGGUCAUAUUUUGAAAAUCUAAAAAAGGACAACCCCUGCAUGAUAUCUGACCCCCAUUGACCUGUUCCCAAAUAUUGAUGAGUGGGCAAUUCUCAAAUAAGCCUUCUGAUAGAAUAUGCAUGUUGGGGUAACUAAUGCGAUUCAAGUGGGGUGGGGAAAUACCCUUUUGGAGUGGAAUGGAAGAUUAACUUUCCUCCAGUGUGAAAAAGUAGUUUGAGGUGGCAUUUUAAAUAAGCUUUUCACUGACACAGCCAAUUUUGUUUAAUAUAAUUUGUUACAAUUACUGUAUCAGGUUUUGCUUGGUGAUAAAUAUGUGUGAUCCAUAGACUUGCAGCUUAGUAUGUGAGUUUUAAAGAGAAACAAAAAUAAUUCAGACAUUGCAACAAACCAUUGUUGUGAUGAGAUUAAGCAAACCUGAGCUUCAGGCUUCUGUGCUACUGUUUCUCAUCCUUUAUGCAGAAGUUAAGUCACUGUAGCAUUGAAGAAAUUAUGACAGCAUGCUGUUUACCAUGUUUAACAAACCUUGAAAAAUAUGAAAUUCAUUUUUAAGAAUACAAUAUUGCAGUUCAGGAUUGUCUGUUGCAGCACAGCAAAUGUUAAAUUUGUCUUGGGACAGGUUUACCGUGGCAUAACACGAGUCUUGUUUUCUUUUCAGUGGCUUUAGAACUUGUUAAGAAAACCGAGUCUCAGCCAAGCUCGAUGAUGUUGCUUGAUUUUAUUCUGCAUAUCAUGAAAUCAUCCCCGCUUGUGUUUGUAAAUAUAACUGUACCUCAUCAAGAAAGUGUCACUGAUUCAAGCUGUAUCGGUGAGUUUAUUUUAAAAUUCUUGGAAUUCGGUAUGGUAAAUUACGUUACAAUAGUGUGCACCACAGGUACUGAUUUCUUCUUUUCAUUGACCCAGUUCAGAUGGCACGCUAAACCAUAAUUUAGUGUGAUGAGAGCAAGCUGCAGUAAACCCUGGGCUUGUGCGCUCACAAACAACUUUCUCUUCUCCAGCACAGCCAUGAGGAGGAGUUCAGAAGGUUUUCACUUCAAUAUCUGCUUAACCACAGCUUAUUGUUUUGUUCGAACUGACUAACUGGUUAAUUAUGGUUUGUUUGAAGGUUAGACCUGGAUUCAAAUACUAAUUUGGCAAUGGAUUCGCUUAAGCAAGUCACGGGAUAGUUUUUUGGGUCAUUGACACAUAUUAAAACAAAUAAUAAAAUUAAGUUUAAAAAUCAACAGAACCAAAAGUGGUCAGCGGCAAUGUAACAACUCCAAACCAAACUUGGAGGGGGAAAUGAAACUACAGCUAUGCAAAGCCCAGUGAAGCAACACUUGUUUUACUGAUCAUUGGAACAUCUCUAAGAUGCAUCAUGUGCUACAAGAUUUGCAGCCUGCUCAUGUACCAGUUCACCCAAAAGUAAGUUUCAUUGUAUUCAAAGUGAGCAUAGGACCGAAAAUCUUAACAUUUUCUCUCUCUUUUUCUUCUAGAAUUUAGCUACUGGAUCACAGCAAGGCUUUUGAGAAUUGCUGCCGCCCCAAACUGCCAGAUUUUGCACGAGAACAUCAGUACUGUAAUUUGUUCCUUACUAUGCCUUUUCAAAGUCAAGAACUGUGCCAUAUUCGACUUACUGACGAGAGAAUUGCUGCAUCUUCUUCAAGAUCUCAUUUUACUCCAUGAAAGAAAUGCGGUGGUGCGCUUCCAGCAGGAUUCAUUGAGUUGGCCUGUGACUGUGAAAAGGUUUUCAUGCAACCCCAAUGUACCCCUGGGCUCUUUAAGUUCUGUCCAACUACAGUUAACGGGCAUGAGCAAUGUAGAAUGCUUGGAGAUAACUCUGAUGCGGAUUCUUACUGAGAUAGUUUCUUACGUGUUUUUUAAACCACAAGAUGUGACUCUUUGGGCAAUAGGGUGUUCCUUGUUGGAGUACGGUACUCCAAAAGUCAAAGUUUUGAGCAUGAAAUUCCUAACAGAAUUGGUGCAGCUAGGAGGGUCUCCAGAAGAGCUAGCCAGCAGUUUCUUCUCAGUUUUGGGGGGUAUGUUGCAGUUGCUCCUUGAAAUGGAUGCUGAAGAGCUGGAACUAUAUGAGGAACCCUUGUUAAUAUUGGUGAGAACCCUGUUUCCUUUUGAAACGCAUUCCUAUUGGAACAUUGAGCCUCUUUAUCUAAACACACUCCUGGAGAAGCUCCACGCGUUGUUUGAAGCUGAUGUGCUGAGGCUUCUUCAGUCUGAGAAGAUGAAAGGAGUGCUAUGCCACAUACUGCAGUAUUUCAUGAAGUUUGUGCCAGCUGGAUAUGAAUCUGCUGUUCCAGUUAGAAAGACCUGUAUUAACAGCAUCUGCAGAUCUUUUGUUGCAGUAGUUGGAAGCCAGGUGGAGCAGGAGGUGAGUUGUACGGAAAAAACAACAACAGUGAAAAAUUUGCUUGGUGGCUUAGGUUGAAGGGCACAGAUUUUAAGACGUGAGGAGAAAAAUAUAUUUUCGGAGAAUGCUCAAGCAUAGGAACAUAGGAAGUUGUCUCAGGCCAAGUCAAAUCAUUGGUCCCUCCAGCUCAGUGUUGUUUGCAUUACUGUUAUGGGUCUCUAAGUGAUAGAAAGAUUCUCAUCAGUUUUAUUCCAUAUGGUGGGGUUUUAUUUCGUGUUUACAGAUAUCUCUCCCUGUGACAUCUAGAUUUCAGAUUUGGUGUAAUUAUUUAAUACGUUUAGUUGGAUAUAUUAUUUUUACUUGUCUCUGUGGUUCCAUCAAAAAUCAACAAGUAGUAACAAUAAAUUUAAAAAACCCCAAUAAUAAAAACAGGCUUUAAAACAGCAGACAACAAAAUUAUCAAAGAUAAAAUCAACAGCUUAAAAAGCAAAUGUACAUAAUAUCUGGGUAUGUGUAGCAAGGCAACGAAAGUAUGAUUUUUAUGGUCACACCCACACCCACACCCCAUUUCAUAAAGUUCUGCAGCACUAUUGAGGUGUGUCUGUGUUUAUCUUCCUUAGUAUCUGCUGAGUCCGCUUUAUGCAGCCUUGGUGACAGAAGCAGAAGAGAUCAUUCAGGAGCUGCAGUGUAGCAAGAAUCCAGAGACAUCUGAUACUGAUGGAGGAAGCAGCAGUAGUGAUGAAGUUCCAGAAAAAAGACCGCGUCUCAGUCUAUCCUUAAAGCACCCUAAGAAGUCAGCAGCUCCACCAGAGUAUGAUGGUUCACUUAGUAAUUUCUAGAGAAAUGUAGCUAAUGCAAUAAGCAAUUGAUGGAGUUGAAGUGGUCUUGAAAGCCUUGUCUUCACUUCUGCUUUAUCUAUGCUUUCAAUUAUGCUAUACAGUGGAUUGUUCCUGCAUUUCGCCCCGUCCACAUAGGCUGGGAUACCGUGACUAGAAUAAAACACAGGGAUGGUUUGGGGGAAAACACAAAUGGAGCAGCCUUACUUGCCAAAAUUGUAUAAUGCUUCACUGCGGCAGCAUAAUUUAGCAGCUUAAUCUGAUGUAUUAUAAUGUAAUAUUUCUCUGCAUUUUGAACAUUAAGAUAUACAUCGAUUUUUAAGGAAAUUAAGUGGAUAUAUAUUUUUUAAAAACCCAAACACAGUUAUUCUUCAGGCUGUCAAAAUGAAAACUCUGUGAUAAUCACACAAGGUCAUAUGUAUUUACACAGAGUGAAGCAAUAAACUUAAAAAAGGGAGGAAACCAAGUAGAGUUUUUAUAAUGGAGCAAAAGAAAAAAAAUGGUUGAAUAUUAUCCUGAUGUUGCAAAAUAUCACAAAUGGAAACCAAUUUUCAACCAACUUAUUUUUCUAUUAUUAGACAAACUUCUAUAAUGUUAGCUUAUAUGCCACACUUUUUUUGACCAACCCACAAUCGGCUGAAAAUUGCUCAAUUUCCUAUGAUGUAUGUCAGUAUAUUUUUUUAAUUAUCAUGUAUCAUAUGGUAAGGAGUAAAUAUCUGGUUCAAUUUAGCUAUUCUAAUGUUUUUCCACGUUCGGGGUUAUAUUCAAUGUUAGCCCUACUCAGAGAAGAUCGAUUGGGUUGUAUACAAUGAAAUUAUCUCAUUAGUGUAAUAAGUUCCGUUUGCACAAUGCAUCCCUAUGUGAUUCCAAAUCUUUCUGGGCAUUCCUCCCAGCACUGCGGAGCAGAUUUGGAUGGGUGGGGGGAGGCAUAUAGGGAGAGGAGAGAAAGGAGGAGUUCUGUUGUGCAAGCAGAAUUUCUUGCACUAAUGAGCCAAUUUUGUUGGAUACAACCAUUUUAAAUUAAUGGAUGUUACAAACAGGUUCAUUAAUUUAAGUGGGUCUAUUCUGAAUAGGACUAACAUUGGAUACAUCUGUCAGUUUGUACUGUAUAGCACCAGUGCUUCCCCCCCCCCCCCGAAAAAAUAUGUUUAGGGGUACUCUCAUUUUCCUACUCAUAUUGAAAUAUGGCCCCUCAAUGAGGCCAAACUUAGAUUCACAAAAUGUUUAGGGGUAUGCGUCCCCCAGAAUCCCCCCAGAAAAAGCACUGUAUAGCACCAUACAAAUUUCUUUUUAAAGGGAUAGCUCAGUCAGUAGAGCAUGGGACUCCUAAUCUCAGGGACAUGGGUUCAAGCCCUGCAUUGGGCAGAAUAUUUCUGCAUUGCAGGGGAUUGGACUAAAUGACCUUUGUGGUCCCUUCCCACUCUACAAAUUCUAUGAUUCUAAAACAUUCUUAUUUUAUAACAUUAUUUACAUUGUUCUAAAAUUGAUUGGUUUGUAGCCCCGGUCCUGUGAAUAUGAAAAUGAAGAGCACACUGUGGAGCGCUAUAAUCAAGAAAGCGGAAUCUCUCCUCUUGCUUUUGGAACAAGACCCUCUUCCGGUGGAAUUUCUACAAAGCAUAGAGGGAAUUGCUUUAGUAAUUCAACUAGGUGUCUUGUGCACAGUGCAUUCUACACAAAAUUUCAGCAGGUAAAAUUACCGGUCUUUGUAAACUACAAAGUUAUAAUGACAGUGGAUUUGUUGACCAGACAUUGUGUACAAAAACUCACCCUGCUCUAUGGUAGGUCAGCCUUUGCGUUGGCUAAAAGGUAUUUUUAAAACAUGCUCUUCCACGUAGCUUAAAUCUAGAUCUUUUAUGCAGGAGAGGGCUUUGAGUGCAUUUUGAAGAUUUGGACAUGUGGCAGAACUGUAAAAUGGAUUGUGUUGUGUAAGGAUUCUUUGCAGAUCUGAGACGUGAUUAGACACCAUUCUUGAGCUGUGAGAACAGCAGUUGACUGAAAUCAAACAUGUCAUAUGAUUAAGCCAUUUCAGUAACCAGCUGACUUCUUUUCUCUAACAGCAUACACCAUCAAGUUGGUUUACGCAACCAUAAACAUAAUAAUACUGUUUGGCCUUCAGAAUCAGGGGAGCAUGUCCAGUUAACCUGGAUAUCAGCAGAAUUUAUCAUGAGAGCACUUAAAGCUUGUUGGAAGCUUUUAGAUCCUGCUUCACGGAUAGUUGACCUAGAACCAGUGAUUCAAAGAGUCGUGAAAAUAAUUGAUGCUUUACUUUAUAUGCAAGGUAAGGUGCCAUUUAACGUAAUAACAGUUGUUAACAAAUGAUACUCUUCUGAAAAGAAUGCUGUUAUUUAGCUAGUACCUAAUAAAGGAUAAAUGGUGCCAUUAGUUCUCAAAGAACAUUGUUCAAUUUGGUUGUAUACUUUUUGAUGUUUUGUUUAUUGUUUAUGGCUACCUUUGCUAUGUUUGUAGCUAUGUAAAUUUUUAUGUGUUGUAAGCUGCCUUGAGUAUAGUUUUAACUCUAGAAAGGCAGCAUACAAAUAACAUGAUUGAUGGAUUGAUUGUGUUGUCAUAAUUAAAUUGACAAUAUAAUCAAAGAAGUAAAGAAUGGAUCGGAAAAUGUUGAGAAUUUGCUGCAACUGCCAAAUAGAAUUGCUAUAUUAAAUUGUAACAGUUCAGGAAACAGAAGCAUAAUAGUUUUGCAAUAAGAGAGAAUAAUUUUAUUGAGAACACUUAAAUGGUUAAGGCUGAUACCAGAAAUAAAUUAAUGGUUUAUAAUCUUUUAAACAAAAGUAUAUACAAUCCUUGAAUUUACUAAAUGGUGAUGGCAUUUACUACUUAGCAACUAAUUUGUAUCUCACUGGACAAUGUAAAAAUAAGCAGCUGUGGAACCCCCCUAUUAUUAUUGUUAUUACUACUUACUUACUUAUUUCACUCAUGAAACACUUCCCAUGAGGCAUCCUGAAACAUAUAAAAACAUAUAUAGAACAAUUGCAUAAAAACAAGUGUAUGUAUAUUCACACACACAGUUUAAAACUCCUCCACCACACAUAUAAAAUCAAUUCAGUUCCAGUACAGUGGUACCUCGGGUUACAUACGCUUCAGGUUACAGACUCCGCUAACCCAGAAAUAGUGCUUCAGGUUAAGAACUUUGCUUCAGGAUAAGAACAGAAAUCGAGCUCUGGCGGUGCGGCGGCAGCAGGAGGCCCCAUUAGCUAAAGUGGUGCUUCAGGUUAAGAACAGUUUCAGGUUAAGAACGGACCUCCGGAACGAAUUAAGUACUUAACCUGAGGUAUCACUGUACAGAUACUUUUAUUCUGAUUUGGGCCAUUGGUCUAUUUAGCCCAGAUCUGUCUGCUCUGACAGACAGCUGGCUUCUAAAGUCUUCAGUCAGAGGUCUUCACAGCGUAACUAGGAUGCUUUCAUAUUAAUGUGCCAGGGAUUAAAUUUGAGACUUGAGGCAUGGCAAGUAUGUGGUCUGGCACUGUGGUCAGUGCCAAUCGGAAGGUCAGCAGUUCAAAUCCCCACGACAGAGUGAGCUCCUGUUGCUCUGUCCCAGUUCCUGCCAACCUAGCAGUUCGAAAGCAUCUUUAAAAAGUGAGUCCAAUUGUUGUGUAGUGCCUGUGCUGGCUAAACUUGUGUACAUAAAUUAUCUGUGACCCUGCAGUUCUUGGCAUUUUACUCUUUAAGUGAAAGUGAGUAAAAGACAAUGAUUUUUUUUAAAAAAAGAAGCUGUUUUUAUUUGCCAUUUUCCAUACUAUUUGCACACUGCAAAAGUUUUCUGCUAGGUUCAUUUUAAUAUCAAGCAAGCAUAUUUGCUAUACUCCUUUUGGUGCCUGAUAAAAACAAUCUUGUUUAGACAAGCCUACCCAGAUGCCUAUAAACCUGAGGAAAUGUUAAUCCGUUUUAGUAUUUUAACCUUUGUUUAAACCACAGAGCCUAGAGCUUGCCGAUCAGAAGGUUGGCGGUUCGAAUCCCCACAACGGGGUGAGCUCCCAUUGCUCAGUCCCUGCUCUUGCCAUCCUAGCAGUUCGAAAGCACAUCAGUGCAAGUAGAUAAAUAGGUACCACUGUGGCGGGAAGAUAAAUGGUGUUUCCGUGCGCUCUGGUUUCCGUUUCGGUGUCCGGUUGUGCCAGAAGCGGUUUAGUCAUGCUGGCCAUAUGACCCGGAAAGCUGUCAGUGGACAAACACCGGCUCCCUCGGCCUGAAAAGCGAAAUGAGUGUCACACCCUUUGACUGGACUUAACCGUCCAGGGGUCCUGUACCUUUACCUUAACAAUGACAUGAUACCGUCAUUUUAUCAGCAGUGUAGAUCUGUUUCAUAAGCCACCUGAAUUUGUGUUUGUUUUUUCCCUCCCCUAAAAGUAAAAAUCCAGCUUAGCGAUGAGAUUAUUGAAAAUUUACUUGGAAUACUAUGUCUGCCAUGGAUUUCCAGCUACUCCAGUGACCCUUCAUUCAAAUUGCCUGCACUUAAUUCAGAUCUUCUGGUAUUGAGUAAACAUACUUCAAGCCAUUUUUGUAAGUAAAAAACCUACAUUUUGCUUCGAAAUUUAUUCAUGUUUCCACCCUAUCAUUCCCUCCAAGGUUUCUAGAAGUGGCUAUCAGCAAAGAAAAACAACAGUGGUGAUGAAACAACAAAAUAAAAAAAAGCAGAACAGUUUACAAAAUAUGCCAGCAACAUUUAAGUUAAAACACAGCCAACACUAAAAUGUGUAAAAGGUAUGGGCAAAUAGAAAGGGCUUCAUCUUAAAAGAUAUUUAAUGUCAGUCCCAGGCAAGUCUCUCAGGAGAGCAUUCCAGAGUCAGGGUGCCAUAGGCGAAAAGGCCCUGUCUUGGGUCAUCACCUGACUUACCUCGAAAGAUCAAUGUGUUGAGGGAUGAGAUGAAUGCUGAGACUGGUUUAUGCAUGGAAAUAAGGCUGUUCACAGUGUUUAAAGGUUAGAACCAACACUUUGACUCGUGCCUGAAAAUGGACUGGGAGCGGGCGCAUCUGUGUUAAGAUUGGUGAGGUAUGUUCCAGUCUUCUAGUUCCAGUCAGUUUUCUAACCACACUACUUUCCCCACAACUGAAGCCUCUGUGCCAAGUACAUAGAGAGCCCCAUGGCCAACAUACCGCAUUAAGACAAAUAUGUCAGAGUGUGAAUAACUGGCCACUUGCACUUGGAUAACUCUGCUGUCCUCCACUGAAAAGACACUUUCCAGUUUGAAUGCUUAAAACUCCAUAUACUAUUUGUGGAAAAUCAAGGAUAUAAUGUGUCCUGGCCUGUGUAACCAUUUAUUUAGCUUUAGCUUUUAAAAUAUUGGCCUUAAUGACUGCAGUCCUCUCGGUAUGAAAUAAUAUACUGUUGUGCUUCUGAACUUGCAGCAGUUUGAUAAUUAGGGGUGUUACGAGGUGUAAAUUUGUUUUCAAUGCUUUAUUGAUCUAUAUAUUUAUUGAUGGUGUAUGUAUAUACGGUUGGCUUGUGUAUUUUAGUCAUCUUUUGUAUAUGAUUAGACUUGUAUACUGCUUGGAAAUGAUUUUUGUUAUUUGUUUUUAGCAAGUGGUUUAUAAUUUUUUUAAAUAAAAUAUGUGGGUGCCAUCUAAAAAUGGCUAGAUGGUUGUCCUUACAGUGCUUUUGUAUUUUUUUAUUCCUUUUAGCACCUGAGAUUCAGUCAAAUUGCGUGUUUCUUCUUUCUCUGAUUCCACGAAGAUUAUUACAUCUGAAGUGGAGGGAUUCUUUAUAUCAGCGUACCCUGCAGAGUCCGCAUGAAAUUAUCAGAGCUAACUGCGUUAAAGGGUUUCCUUUCCUGUUACACCAGUCAGAUGUAAAAUCCUCCACCCCUUUGCUUGGAUCUUUCCUGUAAGUAGUGGUUUUAAUUCCAAAUAAAAUUGGGGAAAGGAAGAAUGAUCUGCCAGCUAAUAGAUGUACAAAGGCCUUGUCAAAUAUGAGUGGUGCAGCUGAGGUGGGAUAUGGUAGAGAGGAUAGAAAUGUAUGACAGGCCAUGCCACUUCUUCUGUCGCCCAUAUAUAGGAAGUGUGUUCCAUAACAUGAGUGUCUUUGUACAUGGUACCUUGAGUUAAGUACUUAAUUUGUUCUGGAUGUCCGUUCUUAACCUGAAGCACCACUUUAGCUAAUGGGGCCUCCUGCUGCUGCCGCGCCGCCGGAGCAAGAUUUCUGUUCUUAUCCUGAAGCAAAGUUCUUAACCUGAAGCACUAUUUCUGGGUUAGCGGAGUCUGUAACCUGAAGUUUAUGUAACCUGAAGCGUAUGUAACCCGAGGUACCACUGUAUUCUUUUUCUGGACCCGCUAGGGUGUCUGGAUGCAGCUCCACUAAUGCAAGGGCUUUCGGCUGUGCAAUAGAACUUCCCUUCCUACUCCUUCCCAUAUGCUGCCCUAAAUAUUUCUGGGAUUUUCCGCAACCCUCAGGAGAGGAGUGAGAGAGAGAGGGCACGUCCUAUGGCACAAGCGGAAAUCCUUGUCUUAACAGAAGUACUUAAUUGGAUGCCACUCUUAGGUUUCUUUUGAAAGUGGUACAUCCAGCAGCAUUUACUGUUUUAAAAAUAAUGUUAUAUGUAGAAAAGGCACCGGACCCUUCUUUUUAUUUCAGAGACCACAUAGGGGAUGAAUCUCUAUUAGUCCAAAAAGCUUAUGCCAGCAUCAUUGGAAAACUGGCUUGCUGUCUUUCUGGCAACUUCAGUAUAAGACCUUCCACAACUAAACCUGGCGUCGAGCCCCAAAGUUGUGACAUCCUCUGUAGCAAAGUUAUCGUGACUUCUUCUGAGCAAAUGUGUGCUGUAAGAGCAGAUGUCUUUACGCCAUUUUUAAGUCUUCUUGAAAGCAAUGUAGCCAGUUCAGUCAAGCUUGGUAAGUUCUUUAAACAUACGCUAUAUUGUUUUCCUGUCUCUUUUUUGCAUGUUGUUUCUGCAGUGUUAUUUUACUUGGUAAACACAACAUAAUAAUGUGAAGCGCUCUUAUUCUAUGCGCCAGCCAGUUGUGCCUUCUUUUGGGAGUCUCCAUUCCAUCUCUCUUUGUUGUUUUCAGUUGCCCUCUUUCCCACUCCCGCCCACAAAAGACCCUCAAAAAUUUUGUGGCACCUGAGUAGACUGAGCACCCUCAAUAAUUCUGAUUUGGCUGCUUAGCUGUCAUAGCACCUACGUUUACUAUUAGCAGAUGUUAAAGUUGAUCCAGUGACAGGUAUGGAAGCGUGGGUGUUUGUGCAGAGUUCCUUGAUUGCAAGAGCUUUCUGUCCAUUCUUCUGGACCAAAGAGUUGAUAGGGAGGCACACCUGCAAGGUGUGAAGCAUGGCUGGUGAGAAGGAUACCUCUUUCUUUGGGAAAUGAGAGAGCAUCCCAGUGGCUUCUGCAACAGGGUCUCAUUGCUGACCCUUCCACAGUACAAGAGUCAGCGUGCUGCUUUCAGUGUAGCAGAUGCUGUUCUUCUUGGGAAAUUGAAAUUGAUUGAAAUACUGUAUUGUCACUUGUACAACUUGUAUACAGUGAGAUUACACGAGCAGCCCCCACUCAGCUCUCUUAGUUUUAAUUCCCCUCGUUUACUGACAUACACCCACCAAACCCAAAAGUCAGUUGCCUUGUUGUUAUCUUUUCAUUCAUCAGCCUAACAGCCCACGGAUAGAAGCUGUUCUUUACCCUGUUGGUGCGACUAAUCAUGCUUCUAUAUCUUCUGCCUGAGGGCAGGAGAUCAAGAAAGUGCCGGCCAGGGUGUGAAUCAUCCCUGAGAAUUUUCCUCACUCUCCUGAGGCAACGUUCUUCCGCUAUUUCAUCCAGCGGAUUCACGGGACAGCCCAUAAUAUCUUGUGCUGCGUUCACCACCCUCUGUAGGCACUUCCUAUCAGUUGAUGUCAAACCAGCAUACCAUACCGUGAUGCACAACUUUCUGUUGUGGACCGGUAGAAGGAGAUCACCAAAUGUUGAUUGACAUUGUUCUUUUGCAAUACUCUGAAAGGUAGUUCUUCCCUGGAACCCUUACAUUGAGAAAUGGAAGAGCAAAUAACAUCCAACUUUCUGGGUCUCUACUGUCCCUCCCUAUGUCUCACUGUAAGGCGAAUCCAUGGUACUUCUUACAUUUCAAGUUAUUCAACCAGGAAAUAAGGAAGGCAACUUCCUUGUCCUGCCAGAAGGACAGGGCUUGUUAAUCAAUGUGGCCCGUGGUCUCCUGCGCUAAAAUGUAAGAGGAGAUGCAAUAUAUUCUGUCUAAUCUGUAUGUGUUAUCCAGGUUUUGAAAUCUAAACUAGAAUGUUGUUGCUUUUUCAAAAAGUACUUAAUAAUGUGGUCAAAAUAUUUGUGAGUGAACUUCAUAGUCUGUCUUAAAUAUUUUUAUCUUUUGUGAACAUGAUUGUAAUUUGAGGUAACCCAAAUUACACAUGUUUGAUUUUUAAAAAAAAGAAAUUUUAAGAUGUAUAAAAUAUGGUAUUGCACCAUGUCGUGUUAACUUUGGUCUUACGAUAAAUGAAAAUUGCUGAAUGUGUUGUUUCUGUUACUUGCUCUUCUAGUAUUAAUAGAGAACAUUCCUCUCCUUUGUAAACACCUGGACUUCAAAAAAGAUGAAUUAAAUGUAAAAGCGAUUGUUGGGGCUUUCUUAAAGCUAAUGGAAGAUCCCGACAAAGAUGUAAGAAUGGCCUUUAGUGGCUGCAUCAAAUACAUACUGGAUUCUUCAGACUCUGAGGAAGAUUUCAUUAAAGAGGUGAAUUUCUUAAGUAUCUUGAAGCCUGAAAGAGAGAGCAACCUUGAUAUGUAAUCACAAUAAUGAAUGCAUAUUGUUUCAAAUUUGCUGUUUCAGCUCUUCGUUUCGAGAAUGAAAGAAGCCUACACAAAUGCUAAAAUAUCAAAAAAUAGUGAGCUGAAGGAUACAUUGAUUCUCACAACGGGUGACAUUGGAAGGUACAUUUUAGUGUCUUCUUUUCUAACUUCUCUUAAGUAUUCUGGUUUCAGGAGACUUAUUCUGAGUUAUGGAAUAUUCUUAUCAGUUACUUUCUUUAUGAAUCACUUUCCAUGAGGCAUCCCGUAGCAAUUUACAGAACAAUUUUGUAUAUAAUGACAGCGAAAACUUAAAGGUAAAGGGACCCCUGACCAUUAGGUCCAGUCGUGACCGACUCUGGGGUUGCGGCGCUCAUCUUGCUUUAUUGGCCGAGGGAGCUGGCGUACAGCUUCCAUGUCAUGUGGCCAGUUUGUCAUGUGGCAAACCAGAGCAGCACACAGAAAUGCCGUUUACCUUCCCGCCGGAGCGAUACCUAUUUAUCUACUUGCACUUUGACGUGCUUUCGGACUGCUAGGUUGGAGGGGCAGGGACCGAGCAACGGGAGCUCACCCAGUCGCAGGGAUUCGAACCGCGACCUUCUGAUCGGCAAGUCCUAGGCUCUGUGGUUUAACCCACAGCGCCACCCAGAGAAAACUUAUGCACAUAUAAAAAAGGAUUCGAUUUUUAAAAAUAAAUAAAAAUAAACCAGCACAUAUGUAGAAUCAAUUCAAAUCUGUGAUAAAUGUCUUUACUUGAAAGGUUUCAGGCAUGAAUUAUCUAGUGCAUUGGUGUUACUUUCAAGCAAUGUCUGUCUUUCCCCCCUUUUACUUUGUAAGGGCAACGAAAGGGAGCUUGGUGCCCUUUGCACUCUUGCACUUGUUGCAUUGCUUGUUGUCCAAAUCGGCCUCUGUGGCUGGAGCAGCAUAUACAGAAAUCAGAGCUUUGGCUGCCACCAAGUCUAUAAAGCUGCAAGCCUUUUUCAGUCAAUACAAGAAACCAAUCUGUCAGGUAAGAAGCCCGAAUAAUAUAGGAAGAAUACAUUGCAUUAACCUUUUAAUUGCUUAACGUGCCAUAGAGGGCUACAAGAUCAUGUGCCCCCAACUUCUCCCCUAAUGUACACAUAUUCCUCUUGCCUACUGUGGGGAAGGAUUGUAGUUAAGAGUUACACAUACGCCAACCCUAACCAUGAUUCAUGUUAACCAUGGCUUGCAAACCUUGGUUAAAGGAGGACCCUUGGUUGGUGUAGAUGUAAACUUAAUGAUGGUAUAAAAUGAAAGCAGUUAGCAUGAGUGGAGACAUGGGUUCAUUCAUAUAUAUAUAUAUAUAUAUGACGGUAAUUUGGUUUUUUGUUUUUUAGUUUGUUGUUUUUAAUUGGAUUAUGAUGGAUAUGUUAACUGGCUGUUUUUACUGGAAAAUCAAUAAAAAUGAUUUAAAAAAAUAAAAAAAUUAAAUAAAGGGGGGGUGACCCUGCAGCCCACUCUUGUCUCUUAGUCAUGGCUGGAGACCUGGAGAAUUUUGUUCAGUCUUGGGCAAAGACAAAGACGAUUCUAAAGUCAAAGCUAUGCUAUGCUAAUAUUGUCAGCGUUGGCAGGAGAGUUGGAUCUUAAUUGUUUUGCGUUUGGCAGGAGUUUUCUGGUGGGGACAGCAUUCAUUAGCAGAACUGUAAGCGGCUCCAGAUUGUAAAGAACAAAAACCAAUACCUUUGCUCUUUAGUCAGCUGAAUGUUUAUGUCUGGCAUAAUUGUCCUGAAGUAAGAAUUCUAAUUUCUGUAUGAGAGUAAUAACAGUGAAAUGUAUCUCUCGAUGCUUAGUUUUUAGUGGAAUCUCUGCACUCCAGGCAGUCGGCAAUGAUUUGUAACACUCCCGGCCAAAGCAGCGAAGUACAGAAACAAGAAAUUGCUCAUCAAAGGGAAGCUGCCCUGGACAUGUUAUCUGAAAUUGCCAAUGUUUUUGAUUUUCCAGACCUCAAUCGUUUUCUCAGUGUAAGUUGAUGAUGGUAUAUUCCAGAGCAGCCAUCCCCAAACUUGGCCCUCCAGAUGUUUUGGGACUACAACUCCCAUCAUCCCUAGCUAACAGGACCAGUGGUCAGGGAUGAUGGGAAUUGCAGCCCCAAAACAGCGGGAGGGCCGAGUUUGGGGAUGCCUGUUCCAGAGUAAGAAUAAGUCUUCGCAUGUGUUUCCCAUCUCAGUUUUCUCAAUUCUUCCUUCAUAAAUUGUUGGUAUUGCUGGGGAUGAUUAUGCAGAUUGGUAAGAUUCCUACAUUUUUUUUUCAUUUAUUACAUUUUUAGCUCACCUUUCUCCGCAAGGAGCUGAAGGUGCUAUAUGUGGUUCUGCUACCCACACACCCAUUUUAUCACCCCAGCAACAACUGCGAGGUAGCUUAUUUCCCCAAGCAAAAGGGGAGCCGAGAAAAAGGUUUCCUUUUUCCCCCAGGCCUUUCCCUCUGCCACAUAUUUUGCCUUCUUCCGCGUUUUUAUAGGAAGGGUUAUUUUAGCUUGGAGUCUGUUGUGUUUUGUGAAAGAUGCCAGUUCUUUUCUAAAUAAACCCAUGAAACUUACUAACUGUAGGGAUUUCCUAGUGUUGGUUGUUUGAGGUUUUCAUCAUCGUUGAAAAGUUAUUUGUCUGGCUUUCUGUAUGUGCCCUUUCAGGCCAGUAAGUUUGGAGCUUAUCACUCUUAACCACAAGCAAAUGUGCACCUUUACCUGCACAAGGGGAAGGAAAUGAGGUGUCAAAGCUCAUUUUGGCUGUCUCUCUAUUUUGCCAGCGGACUCUCCAAGUUCUUCUGCCUGACCUUGCUGCCAAGGCCAGCCCUGCAGCCUCUGUGCUUAUUCGAACGAUAGCGAAACAGCUAAAUGUAAACCGCAGAGAGAUCCUCAUCAACAACUUCAAGUACAUCUUCUCUCAUCUAGUCUGCUUCUGUAGUAAAGAUGAGCUCGAGCGAGCACUCCACUAUCUCAAGGUAGUUAUGUUUUGCACUUGGUCUAUGAAACUUUGGGAAAAUAAGAAUAAUUAGGUUGGGGAUUAUAUUGAAGCACACAAAUAAGUGACUUAUAUUCUGAAGAUAAGAACUCAGUGCAAGCAUGUUAUUAGCAUAAUGAAUAUUUUUGGUGGGCCUAAAGUAGUCUGGGUUCAAACAAGCCAAGAAACCAAAAAUAUAUGCCUAAAAUUAAUCUGGUCAAGAAAAAUUCUCAGUCAACAGUUUCUGCUGUUUCUAGAUCCAUAACCAGUCUAGAUUGGGGCGGAGCAAGUGGGCUAAUUGGCAUGGGCCUACGAUUUUGAGGGUCCCUACUCUGAAUCUCCCUGGUAGAGGCAAAGGGGCCCUUGGGUAAAGAUUAUUGAAAUGAGGCCUACAUUUUCCAUCUGACCUGGGCCUGUUACCACCUUUGAAUGGCACUGUCCAUAACCAAAACCAACUUGUGCACCAAGAUCUUUUCUUGAUGUGUGUUGAUAGCAGUUGUUCACUAAAAUCCUUGACUAGGGGUUUGCAUUUCUGUAUUAUUAUCUCUUAUCGUUGUGCAUAUGCCUGGUCUAUUCCUUAUUUCUUUGUUUGUUUUUCAUUUGCGUUCCAUAGAAUGAAACCGAAAUCGAACUUGGAAGUUUGCUGAGACAGGACUACCAGGGAUUGCAUAAUGAAUUAUUGCUACGUAUAGGAGAGCACUACCAGCAGGUCUUCAAUGGUUUGUCGAUUCUGGCUUCAUUUGCCUCCAACGAUGACCCAUAUCAGGGACCAAAGGACAUCACCUCUCCCGAACGAAUGGCAAGUAGCAGUGCCAUCACAGUUUUCUUUGUAUCGCUUUAGAAGGAAAGGAUGGCUUUUGUUCUUGUAUUAUGGUAUGCCAUUAAGUAUACAGAAGAGAGGGAGAGUUUCUUUGCAUUUCAGGAAGAGUUUUCAGAACAUUAAAAGGGAGUCUUGUGGGAUAAGACCAAAGAUCCAUCUAGUACAGCGUUCUGUUCCCAUAGUAACCAGACAGAUACCUUUGGGAAGCCCACAAGAAGGAUAUGAGUGAAUCUUUCAGAAGAACUUAAUAUCGUGAACAAAACCAGCAGAUUGAACAAGCAGCUGGUUGUGGGUUUUUUGCUAUGGAAGUUACUAGUGGGAAGUAAUUAGUUAUGGACAUAACAUCCCAAGCAGAUUAGCUUUGUUUAAAUGCAGAACUGCACUGGACCAACCAGGUUAUGUUUGAAAGCAUGAACUCCUUGAUUAAGAAAGAUCAGCAGUUCAUUGGACCCUGGGAAGUUCUAAUUUUCCAGAGUGUGUGUGCAAAGGUAGUAUUUUACCGUACAUUAUUUUUCACAUCAACUAUAUAUUUAAAGAGUGGAUGUGCUGUGGGGUUCUCUUAGUAAUGUGUUUUAAAAUGGAAUAUUUUCAGAAUACUAUUUUUAUGACUAUCUAGGCUGAUUACCUGCAACCAAAAUUGCUGGGCAUCUUGGCCUUCUUCAACAUGCAGUUGUUAAGCUCCAGCAUAGGAAUUGAAGAUAAGAAAAUGGUGAGUGAACUCCGUCUGGAUGGUAGAACCCCUAUGUGGAGCUUCAUUUGACACGGGUACAAUUCUGGGAUUAAGGAAGAAGCUGGGACAGUGCUAAAUUUCUUUGAGGCCUGGCGGAAAAAGAUAGAAGUCCAAAUUCAAAAGAGAAUAAAGGGUGGUGAACAGUUGCAUACUUUUAUCAUGCAGCUUGGUUGUUAAAAAUAAUUCUUCUUUUUUCUUCUUCUCAAUUGCAGGCCUUAAAUAGCUUGAUGGCUUUAAUGAAGCUUAUGGGCCCCAAACAUAUAAGUGCAGUAAGAGUGAAGAUGAUGACAACACUCAGGACGGGGCUGAGAUACAAGGAUGAUUUCCCCGAGUUGUGCUGCAGGUAAGAACACUGUGCACUGAUUUAUGACUACAGUCUAAGGCAGUUAUGGCCAAACUUGGCCCUCCAGCUGUUUUGGGACUACAACUCCCAUCAUCCCUAGCUAACAGGACCAGUGGUCAGGGAUGAUGGGAAUUGUGGUCCCGAAACAGCAGGAGGGCGAAGUUUGGCCAUCACUGGUCUAAGUGCUUUAUUGUGACUUAUGGUGAAUCCCUGUGUGAGUAACUGCAAAUAAUUAUGGCGCAGAAAUCUCAUGAUUUUUUUUUUUUUGAUGGCUGUGUACUGAGAAAUAUAUAGCCAUGCUCUGUAUGUUAUGAUGCUGAGAUUUUUUUUAAAAAUUGUCCUCUUUGUUUAGGGCUUGGGACUGCUUUGUGCGCUGCUUGGAUCAAAGUCACCUUGGCUCCCUUCUCAGUCACGUGAUAGUAGCUCUGCUGCCCCUCAUACAUAUUCAGCCGAAAGAAACAGCAGCCGUCUUCCAUUUUCUUAUCGUUGAGAACAGGUAUUCUAACAUAAAACAUUUUAAUAAUGAUUUUGGUGGUAUCGUACCGACAGUCAGUUUAGAGAAGAGCUGCAGCCAAAAUUGUGUCUAUUCUGGUGUUAAAAAAUAAAUAAAUCUGUAGUAAGGUAAUUUUAAUUUUGUGACCUGCAUAAAGGAGAAACUUUGCAUUAUUUGUUUUGCAUAAUUUAUUCUACAAAUUUGCUGUUCAGUAUUAAUUAUUCUGAUAGGUGUGUGGAAGGGCCAGAACUAUGCAGAGUCCUGAAGUUUCUCCCCCAGGAAACACGGUUGCAAAAUCCCUUUCACAGGUGCUAAAUUGGAAAGGGGUCCUUUCACAGAUACGGGGGGGCGGGGGGAAUACAACAUUUUCUUUCAGGUUCAUGGGAAGCCCAUGCUGUCUGCCACUUCUUUUUAUUUUAACUUUCCUCCCUCCCCCACCCCUGUCAGCAGCAAACAGCAGAGCAUUGGAGAGUAGGGGUACAAGGUGAUUCUCUUGUCCAAACCCAGCUUUUAUAUAUCUGAAUCCAGUGUUAUUUUUCUAGAAAAAGAGGUGCUCACCAUGAACACCUCCCUCGUUCUCUUAGAAUAGCAAUGGUGCCCACCUGAGAGGUGCCAGAAAGGAGUUCCUGUGAGUUCCCCCUGAAAAAAAUCUCUGUCUAAAUCUAUAUCUGAAUACAAAAAUAAAAGAUCUCUAGAUUUUUCUCAACUGUAAUAGAGUACUUCAGUUUUGCUAAUUCUAACCAAAUCAGUGAACAAAUAUGUGUUGGAACAAUAGUGGGUCUUGAUGUUUAUAUAAAUAGCUCCCUUUUAGUUUGUUUUUAAAUUAUUAUUAUUAUUAUUAUUAUUAUUAUUUCAGUGUACUGCGGGUUUGUUUUUUUUAAAAAUGUGCAUGAGUGUUUUGUAAGAGAUUUUGUUUUAUUCAUUAGGAAUGCAGUACAGGAUUUUCUACAUGAAAUAUAUUUUCUGCCUGACCAUCCUGAACUAAAAGACAUUCAAGUCGUUCUUCAGGAAUAUAGGAAGGUAUAGAUUUUGUGAUGUUUUGAUAUCAUUUGAAGUUGGAAGUGGGGUGUUGGAUAUCUAUGAUGUCCAAAGGGUUACAUCAGCCCAGUGUUUGUGUAAAUAAAAGUGGCUCAAUUAGCAUGCUAUGUUAAACCAAUGGUUUACAGUGAACAUGUAGAUAAUUCUCGCUUCAUUCCUCCUCUAAUUCGAAGAGUAACCGUGAGCCCUGCCUUAGCGUUUUGUCGGAACCAGGAAAGGUGGUUUGUUUUGUUCCAAACUACAAUGUGAAGACAAGGUUUGCUGCUGGAUUACUAAUUAUGAUUUGUUAGAAGCAAAACAAACCAUAAUCCCAUAAAUUGGGGAUCGGGAUUUGUUGCUUACACUAGGGGAGAAGUAAAGUGGGAGCAACCAUGAUGCUCAUACUAAACCAUGAACUAUUAUUUACCAUGAUGUGCAAAUACUACUAGUGGGAGAAUUUUUUUUGAAAAUUUACCUGUAAGAUUCCCUUAUGCUGUUUGUCCUAAUGAUAGACAAGCAUAAACAUGGUAUGAACAAUAUAAUGUGGCACAGACCACUUCCCUUUUCCCACCAAAACCAGCUGGGGGAUAUACUCAACUAAACUGGAGUAGACUCAUUGAAAUCAACGGACUUCAGUUUGAUUAAUGUUGGAUAAUCCCCCACUGUGUGUACAUUUAACAAUGGGUUUGUUCAUUGAAACAUGUACUCAGAUGUAUUUUGCCUUAGGAGACUUCCAGGAGCACAGACCUGCAGACAGCGCUACAGCUCUCCAUGAAGGCUAUUCAGCACGAGAAUGUAGAUGUUCGGAUUCAUGCUCUCACCAGCCUGAAAGAAACAUUAUAUAAAAACCAAGUAAGUAAAACUGUAAAGCUCAAAGGCUCUAAGAUGGGUAGCUAGCACUGCAAUUCUGUACGCAUUUAUUUGGGAGUAAGUACCAUUGAAAUAUGGGACGCGUGUGGCGCUGUGGGUUAAACCACAGAACCUAGGACUUGCUGAUCAGAAGGUCAGCGGUUCGAAUCCCCGCGACGGGGUGAGCUCCCAUUGCUCGGUCCCUGCUCCUGCCAACCUAGCAGUUCGAAAGCAGGUCAAAUGCAAGUAGAUAAAUAGGUACUGCUCCGGUGGGAAGGUAAACGGCGUUUCUGUGCACUGCUCUGGUUCGCCAGAAGUGGCUUAGUCAUGCUGGCCACAUGACCCGGAAGCUGUACCUUUACCUUUUACCAUUGAAAUUAGCAGGACUUGCAUCUGAAUAGACAUGUAGGAUUGUUCUGCAAAUAAUCACACCGUGUAUCUAGAAUCGUAAAACUACACCAUUGAUUCUAAAACCACAUUAUGAAUAUGAAUGCAAUUAAGAAUAAGCCAAGUUAUUGCCUUUGUGAUGAAUUUCUCUUAAUUUCAUAGCCACAUUUCUCUUAAUUUCGUAGCCACAAAGCUACUGGUUUGAUUUUAGAAUGAAAGAAAUGUAAACUUAGCUUGCAUUCUAAGAAUCCUACAGUGAAGCCAUCCCCGCCCCCUGCCACAUUGUUAAUUCUGAUCUUUAUCCGAAUAGACUUCUUUUGCUCCCACCAAAGAAAGAGAGUAUUUCUAUUUUAUCCAGGGUUCCAAAGCACUCAAUCAUUUGCAGUAUAAUGUCUGUUUCUUCCUUUCUCUUGUCAGCAUCGCUGAGAAAGGUGAUCUAUACUAGAUAAAUUAUGUGAUAUUCAAUUACCAGUCACACAGUAAAGGAGCUUGUCGUUUUCAGUGUCAGCCUGACAAGAGAAGACAGAUUUGUUGUAUGUGGUGCAUUCUUUCUCCUUGGCUUUUAAAAGUAUCUGUUUCUUAAUUCCACCUUAAUGUGCACAAUUGUACUCGCAGAGUAAUUACUGGACAAUAGGGAGCAUUCCCCCACACAUUCUCUAAUGUUCGCCUUUUGUUUUUGAGACCAUUCAUUGGAUUGCCCAGCACUGAUUUAGCUUGGAUAAGAGAAAGAGAGCUCCUUUAGUCACUUGUGGAGGAUACCGAGCAUUUAAGAUUUAUUCUAAUCUGUUUUCUGGCCUGGAUUCAAGAUGGAAACCACUUUGGUUGCCCUGUUGGUUGAUUCAUUCUGUGCAUUCAGAAGUGUCAACCCCACAUGCUACAAUCAGAGACCCUUGACAGUCACUGAGGUGAUGGGCAAGCCAUAAAUUUAAAUCACAUGACUCUUACCCAAAGAAUCCUGGGAAUGGUAGUUUAUUACCUUCCAGGUCCUAGGAUUCUUUGGGUGAAGUCAUGUACUUUAAAUGUACAGUGGUACCUUGGUUUUCAAACGUCUCGGAAGUCGAACGUUUUGGUUUUCAAAUGCUGAAAACCCGGAAGUAAAUGCUUCGGUUUUCAACCACUUUUUCGAAGUCGAACAUGCUAUGCGGCUUCUGUUUUGAGUUUUCUGGAAGUAAAUGCUUCCAGAAGUAAAUGCUUCGGUUUUCAAACGUUUCGGAACUCAAAUGGUCUUCCAGAACAGAUUACGUUCGAAAACUGAGGUACCAUUGUAUAGUGUGUACAUAGCCUGAGUUGGAUGGGUUAAUAACUGACCUGGUAUAAGGGCCCCAUCUUGUGUCUAUUUCAUUUGGUGUCUAGGGCCUAGUUUUUCCGUAAAACACAAUAAGUUCGUAGCACUAACUGCACUGAGUUUUUAUUUUCCUAAUAACUGUGCUACAUAAAAAGAAGACAUUAAUAAUUAUAUCUGCGUCUGUACUAAAAUUGUGCUUAGAUGUUCUAAUUGUUUUAUUGCUUGUGUGUUUGCUGCCCGGGACUCCUUUAGGAGGAAGGCUGGUAUAUGAAUUAAAUAAGUAACAAAAUAAUUAAUAUGGUAUCACAUUGGAAUAUGAAGUAUGCAUGUAUAACUUGCUCUUCCCCCCCCCUCCUCUUAGGAGAAGCUGAUAAAAUAUGCAACGGAUAGCGAAACUGUGGAGCCAGUUAUUUCCCAGCUGGUGACUGCCCUUCUAAUUGGCUGUCAGGAUGUGAAUUCUCAUGCCCGGCUACUUUGUGGAGAAUGUUUAGGUGAACUGGGAGCUAUAGAUCCAGGCAGGCUGGACUUCUCAACAAGCAACAACCAAGGAAAAGGGCUUACAUUUGUGGUAAGGAAUGCUAAUACCGGCAUCUCAUGUAGCAGGUAUCUUUGUAUCAAGGCAAGGAGAAAUCGGUAGUUGUAUAGGGUUGUAUGCAAUGCUGCUGCUCUGCUCACACAACAUACUUCUGAAUGAACUUUUUUUUAUAUGUGGCGGUUUCUCACUAAAGGAUGAAGGGGAUCCUUUCCCAGCUUCAUAUCAUAGGAAAGGGGGAGCUGCUGUAGUCUGUUACCAUCUUUCCUUGCCCCUUUUUGGGCUGCUCUGGGUCGGUAGAGUUGUUUUGCUGAAUGCCUUUGACCCAAGCGUUAUGACUCUCAUUGAAAGUCAUGGUGUGACUUCAGUGACCCUGGAGGACUCCCAGCCCCCAUCAUUUCUUAAUCCCAAUUUGAAACUAGAUUUUGGUAGUGACCAGGGAGAGGAUAUCAACAAAGCAGCUCAUCUAAGAAAUCUUUCUGCUUUCCCCUAAGACUGGUGUAGAAGAUCCAGAUUUUGCUUAUGGGUUAUUCAUGGAGUUGACAAGAGCAUUCCUUGCUUAUGCUGAUAACGUCCGGGCUCAAGAUUCUGCAUCAUAUGCCAUUCAGGUAAGGAAGGUUUGUUUGAUAAAACGGUAUUGACAACUGCCUUUUUACCAAAAGGAAAAAAGGUGCUUGAGAUUGAUCUGGCCAGUAAGGUUUCACCACCCUCUCUUUUAUUGGCUUAAGUAGCUUCAGCUGGGAGCUUCGAUCCAAAUACCAAUUGCAGAAAACCUUUGCUUUACGAUAAUUCCUGUUCAAAAUCUGGUUUGCAACUCUCAUUUGAAAGCAAACUAUGUUAUAUAUAUAUAUUGCCCAUCAUUUGUCUGUAUCAGAUAACCACAACGUUUUCUUCAUUGCUUCAGAUGCCUUGUCAAGAUUUAUCUUUUUGCCCAGGCUUCUCCUGGACCCUGUUUUAUGUGUUUGAAUCUGUUUCAUUUGCUUUUAUAUGCUUUUAGGUUGUGUUUUGUUUUCAUGAUAUAUUGCUUGUUUUUUGGACUGUUGUAUAUUUUUUUUUAAAUAGUAACAUGAUACAAAUGCUUUUAAAUAAAGGAAUGUAUUAAAAUAGUAUAAAGAUUGCAAAUAUGGUGGUGAGUGUCGUCUGGAGGAGGAAAAACUUAAACAUGUAGCAGAGUUCCCCAAAAAUAACCAGAGGCAAUUGUACUUCAUCCAGCAGAGCUUUUACUGCUACUGAAGGCAAAUGAGCAUAAUUGCCACAAAUCCAAUACAUUCAGGACUGGCACAGUCCAUAAGAAAUCCAGUUGCAGCAGACUUAACUUCAACUUAACUUAUAAUAAGACUAAACCAUAACACUAUAAAAUACAGAACACCACACCACAAGAAAGAGAAAGAGAAAGUGAAUGAAACCCAGGCUCCUCCUGACCUGACUGUAACGGUCAGCAUGAUCUUGACAGAAAGGAUAACAGAACCAGCUUAAACCAGCUGCACUCAGCUUCCCAGAAGGAAUAACCUAAACAUCAGAAACCUUCUGCCUGUUUCUUUCACGUAGAAAGAAACCUUCUAGAACCCUCCUGAACUAAUCAGAAUAGGAAAAAUCUUUACACGUCAGAUCAAUACUUUCUGUACUAAGAAAUGCAAACUAACAGUGAGAAAGGUAAUUGGGAGUGGUGAAGAGGAGGGGCCACCUGAGGUACAGUCCUGACAGCCAGACCAGGGUUUUGCAGUGAUGUCUUAAACUGGACUAGUGUGUCUAGCAUGGAUGAGGCAAUGGAAGUUUUCAUUUUCUGUUUCAUUGCUUAAGAAUAAUUCAUGUUGAAUAGUUUAUUCUGCACAGUGCAAAAGUAUUCAUGUAAAACUUGCGCUCUCUCUUUUUAGGAGUUGCUUUCUAUCUAUGAUUGUAGGGAGACAACCACUGACAGCUCAGGAGGCAAGCUUUGGAAAAUGUUUCCUGAUCAUAUUCAGGAAAUAUUGGAACCUCAUUUAAGUACACGGUAUGUGUUAUGACCACAUCCCAGCCAAGUCUCAGGCUGCUGUUUGAGUACUCACUGCCACCAGAUAAGAGAUUAAUUAUUAUUUACCAGGCUAACCCUUCUCAGACAACCUCCAAAAGGCCCCCAAGGUCUCUCUGAAGCUUCCUUGGGUAACAUAAUAUUAAAGCUCUAGGCUUGAGAGUGUUUAUAAUACGCUGAGACCACACCAGGUUUAUGAAACAAGGAACAAGUUUAAUAAGAUGAAAAUGACAGUACAGUUGGACCUUGGAAGUUGAAUGGAAUCCAUUCUGAAAGUCCGUUCAACUUCCAAAAUGUUUGAAAACCAAAUUGCGGCUUCUGAUUCCUGCAGCCAGUCAGAAGCCACGGAAGCCCCAUCGGACGUUCGGCUUCCAAAAAUAGUUUGCAUACUGGAACAGUCACUUCCAAGUUUGCGACGUUCGGGAGCCAAAACAUUCGGGAACUAAGCCGUUCGAAAACCAGGGUACGACUGUGUAAGACAAGCAAAUGUUACGGCAAAAGAAAAUUGAGGCCCGCAAAUUACAAAAACCCCAAAUAUUCCCUUUGGAGCUAAAACAAAUCAAAAUUGGAUAAACACGACACACUUGUCAAAUGCGUAAAGGUAAAGGGACCCCUGACCAUUAAGUCCAGUCGUGGCCGACUCUGGGGUUGCGGCGCUCAUCUCGCUUUAUUGGCCGAGGAAGCCGGCAUACAGCUUCCGGGUCAUGUGGCCAGCAUGACUAAGCCGCUUCUGGCGAACCAGAGCAGCACACGGAAACACUGUUUACCUUCCCGCCUAUUUAUCUACUUGCACUUUGACGUGCUUUCGAACUGCUAGGUUGGCAGGAGCAGGGACCGAGCAACGGGAGCUCACCCCAUCACAGGGAUUCGAACCGCUGACCUUCUGAUUGGCAAGUCCUAGGCUCUGUGGUUUAACCCACAGCGCCACUUAAGCAGCCCCUAAACUUACCAAGCUUGCAAGGAGGCCUCUUGUUCUUGGAAGCCUUCCUCCGAAGCUCAUCAAAACAUCUGCAGAUCACAUCAGUUUCUCUUUAUUUACUCCCACUUGGCCACCCACAUGCUUAUAUAGCUUCCCCAUGUCCAUUAUGUGCCGCUGCUCUUGGAUUAUCAGCUCACUGAAGUUUAGAGCUCUUACGUUUACUGCCCUCAGAGAGCAGAUGUGCCGUUACUCACAUCAAUAAUGGUGGACACCUAUGCCUAGAACAUUGUUGUUUCAUUGGUCUUCCUUUUCUGUUGAGCUAACACAUACCAACAAGCUUUGGGAAUUUUGUUUACAGAUACAAGAGUUACCAGAAGGCUGUAAACUGGACUAAGGUUAAGAAGCCCAUUUACUUAAGCAAAUUAGGCAAAAAUUUUGCAGACUGGUCAGCAACCUGGGCUGGUUACCUUAUAACUAAGGUAAGAAUAAUGAGCACAUACCUCAGUUAGAUGAACUUUGCAAUGUUACCUUGACCUCAGAUUUCCAAGAGCUAUGCUAAGCCGUGUAAUUCUUGUUCCAGGUGCGACAUGAUCUUGCCAGUAAGGUUUUCAACUGCUGCAGCAUUAUGAUGAAGAACGACUUCAAGGUGACAAUCUAUCUCCUUCCCCACAUUCUUGUCUAUGUUCUUUUGGGAUGCAAUCAGGAGGAUCAGCAAGAGGUGAGAGCCCCUUUACCUGUAUACUCCAAAAGUACUUAUGAUGACCCUGCAUACGUGGUUUGCCAGUCACUUCCCUUAGUUCCAGGUCCAAAAAACAACAACAAAUUAUGACUUUCGUUGUAGGGAGAAAGCUAGCUAGCAACACGCCUAAGAGCAAUCUAGAAAUUAUGUAUCUCAAAGCCAUGGUGGAAUCCUUGUUGCUGACUGUUUAUGACUGUUCUUGAUGAUAAUUGCAGCUUCCUGCUACAUUUGUCUGAUUCUUUUUUUAAUUUUUGGCACUCUGCUUUUGAAAAAUAAGUUGGUGUCUGACUGGACUGUGGCAUCCACUCUACACUCAAUUCCCCUAGGAUACCUGCCUCUGAGAGAGGACCCAAAAAUGUUGCUGGAAAACAACACAUGCUGAUUCUAGGUGUGCUUGCAUGUGGGUGGAACCCAGAAAAUACACACAACCCAAGAUUUGAAAAAGGAGAUCUUCAUUUAUGGAAUCUGGAGGAUAAGAACAUAUACACCACUAAUUUAUGUGUGGGAAUGCAGAGAUAUAGAUAAAAUUGUGGGUGCAUGUGAUUGUAGUUCUGACACAUUCAUGACUCUAAGAUGAUAAUUUGAGAUGCACUGUGCUAAGAGGAGGAAAAGAAAGAGUUAGGGAGUGUGGCAGAUGUCAUACAAAUUUCCAGAAAGUAUAGAUUGUUAGCUGUACCUUUUUCUGGUUGAAACUGAGCCACUAGGGUGACGCAGAUAUGGAAGAGCCCUUAAACAGAAGCAGGAGUGGGGUGUUCCAUGCUUGAAAACUUCUUUUUCUCCCCACUUCAAACCUGAAUUGUCAGUGAUCCCUUUCCAACAGAAAUCCAACAGAAUAUGUAUUGUGAAUGCAGAGUAAAACCACACAGUGGGGCUCAAAUGUUGAACAGAUAACAUUUCAGGUGAUCUGAUGGGAAAUGUUUUGCUUUAUGUCCUGGGAAGACUAACUAACUACUAAUGUUUUGUUUUGUUAACAAGGUGGAGACAGAGAGAAAGGUUAUUCACAGUAAACUGUUAACUAUGGUUUGCUGUGACAUGCAAAUGAGGCAAAAACAUUAACCAGUCCUGAGUCUCUAAAUGUAGUGCCGGUUUUCAUAACAGCAGUAAGAAUUCCAAGUUUGCUUUUUAAUUAUACAUUGUCCAGGUGUUUGCUGAAAUCAUGACUGUUCUGAAAAACGACGACCCUUUUGCAAGACAAUGUGAAGAUAGCGCUUCAGAUCUAAGCCACUUAAGCACACAGACAGUAUUCUCCAUGCUUGAUCAUCUAACGCAUUGGGCUAGGUAUAAAUCUCAAAGGCUGAGUGCUGAGAAAGCUGCUAGGAAGUCAAAUAAGGACCAUGCAGAGCUUCAAGGUUAGUAGUUCCCUUGUGUUUCAGUUGUUCUUGCAAAGGUUUUGUUUGUCCAUUUAACAGAAUUUAUACACUAUUUGAUUGUAGUAAAACCUCUAAGCAAAUGACCAAAAAAAUCAAAACUGUCAAUAAAAACACAGUCAAAAACAAUUACAAUUAACGGUGAAAGAGAUCAAAACACAUCCAUGGCUCCACGUCUGGAUAGACUUGCCUAAACGAAAAUGUUCCGGUGCUGCUACACUGCAAGAUUGAUAGGCUCCUUGAGGCCAUCCUUCUUGUGCAGGUGGCCUUUUUAAGAUUCCCUGAUCCUAAGCCAUUUACAGUGUUAAUUCUAAUUAUGGCAUUUUUUUAAAAAAAAAACCCUUUUUAUUCUCUAGCACCAAAUGAGGAAUAUGGAGAAUAUCAAAGCGUGGUCCGUUUUCUUGACCUCAUCCCUCAGGAUACUCUGGCUGCGGCUUCUUUUCGCUCCAAAGCAUACACAAGAGCAGUAAUGCACUUUGAAUCAUUCAUCAUGGAAAAGAAACAAAACAUUCAGGAGCACCUCGGAUUUCUUCAGGUUUAACUUUCUUGAACUUUCUUCAACUUCAGUGCUUCAAGCUGUUUCUUUCUGUCCAUUUUUAUACUAUGCAACUUUAUUUGCUUUGCUUUUGUUUGCUGUGAGUGACCAGUUUUUGGUCCCCCCCCCCACCUCUUUUACUCCGUGGCAUAAAGUAAAAAAAAACAGCUCACUUGUCUGGUAAGGCAAGUGCCACUUACUUUUCCGGAGCCUCACCAUUUCAGGUAGGCUGUGCCAUGUUUGUAGGAAAGACAAGAGCUCCUAAUUGGCAUGAGAUUUGAAGGGAGAUUGAUUCACAUUUGAGUGCGCUGAUACAAUAAAUAGGUUUUAUAUUAAGAGAAAUAUAAUUCGGUAUUUGCAAAAGUAGGUUUUGAUAAACUGAGAAAACAUGAAAAGUCACUUUGGAUCACUUUUCAGAGGAAAAGAAAAGGAGAGUUACCAGCAUUUUGAGAAUUAUUAAAUAGAAUCUUGAACAUGAUACCUGUGAAGAAAUAAUAAUAAUAAUAAUAAUAAUAAUAAUAAUAAUAAUAAUUUAUUAUUUAUACCCCGCUCAUCUGGCUGGGUUUCCCCAGCCACUCUGGGUGGCUCCCAACAGAACACCAAUAACAAUAAUAAAAAAACAACAACGUCAAACAUUAAAAACUUCCCUAAACAGGGCUGCCUUCAGAUGUCUUCUAAAAGUCAUAUAGUGUUUAUUUCCUUGACAUCUGAAGGGAGGGCGUUCUACAGGGCGGGCGCCACUUCCGAGAAGGCCGUCUGCCUGGUUCCCUGUAACUUCGCUUCUCACAAUGAGGGAACCAGCAGAAGAUCUUCAGAGGAGGACCUCAGUGUUCGUGCUGAACAAUGGGGGUGGAGACACUCCUUCAGGUAUACUGGGCCAAGGCCGUUUAGGACUUUAAAGGUCAGCACCAACACUUUGAAUUGUGCUUGGAAACGUACCAUUGAAUACAACCUAGGGAAAUUGUUUGCAAAGCUUUUAAGUUGCGGGUUAUUUGGCUGGCCAGAAUGCUUCCCAAUGACGAUUAUUUAUUUCCUGUUCACACAAAGAAAUUGUAUGCAGCUAUGCAUGAACCAGAUGGCGUAGAAGGAGUGAGUGCAAUACGGAAGGCAGAGCCAUCCCUCAAAGAACAGAUCCUGGAACACGAAAGUAUUGGCUUGUUGAGAGAUGCCACAGCUUGCUAUGACAGGGCAAUGCAGAUGGAGCCUGACCAGGUAAAGCCUAUAUGUCCUCCUCAUUCCUUUUGGCUUCCUCCACCUGUACAGCUACAGGUGAGGAAAAACAAUAAUAAGCAAUGCAGUUGCAUCUGAUUUAGUAUAUAUCCUAGAGAAUGACACAGCGGGCAUAUAUUUUGUAGCUUUUUUUGUCACUGGAGAACCAUAGUGAAAAUCAAGCCAAUGCUUAGCCCCUCUACCUUUUUCUGCAUCUAAGCCUAAAUUCAUAGCCAUUAUAAACUAACUAUAACAACCAUGCAUUCUUCCCAUUUUCUCCUGUCUCCACUUGCUCUAAUGUCUCCCUUAUGCAGUUCCCUGGACAGAAGCCUUUUGAGGCAGCGAAUAUAUAACUUCAUUUUUUGUAAAGAGAAAGCAGGUGUGGGGUUGUGGCUAGGAAGUCCUAGAUUUACUGUAUUUUUCGCUCCAUAAGACACACGUUUUCCCUCCUAAAAAGUAAGGGGAAAUGUGUGAGCGGAGGCAGGCGGGAAAAGCCCCCAAGAGCCACACACACACUUCACGCACUCUUUAGGGAGCCUUAGCGCUCCCCUUGCCCGGGAUGAAGGCUCCCCUUGCCCGGGAGAGGCUGCGCGUGGCUAUCCCAUAAGCAAGGACAGCAAGUGGGAUCGCUGCACAGCAAUCCUGCUUGUUGUCCUGGCUUCUGGGAUUCAGAAUAUUUUUUUUCUCGUUUUCCUCUUCCAAAAACUCUGUGCUUCUUAUGGUCUGGUGCGUCUUAUAGUGCAAAAAUAUGGUAAAUUGAACCAUGUAAUUCACUGGGUGAUGUUGGGCCAGUCACUCUCUCUCAGUAUAACUUGCCUCCUCAGGUUGGCUGUGAGGAUAAAAAAAGAGGAAUGGGGACCAUGUUUGCUUGCUUCAGCUCCAAGAGAGAUAGAAAUGUAAAAUGCAAAUGUGGUUUUUCUUUCCUCACUUCUAGAUAAUUCAUUAUCACGGUGUGGUGAAGUCUAUGUUAGGUCUUGGUCAGUUGUCUACUGUAAUCACUCAAGUGAAUGGAGUACUUGCAAAGAGGUAAUAUGACUGAUACGUUCUUUGUUAAAAAAUACAAAGUGUGUUCCAUUGCUGAAAUGGUCUGGUGCAGAUAUAAUGCUAGUUAGCUGAAAUACUCAUUCUCUUCCCACCUCUUUUCUGUUGUUUCCCUCAACCGUGGAUUUAGUAGUUGCCAACCUACUUUAGUGAAUGCAAACCAGGCCCUGAAGUAAGUUAAGAAAUCUCACAUGGCAGAGGUUCUAGGGAACCAUCCAUAUCUUCACAGUAUUACAUGGGGAAUAGCCUAUGAGUCAUUCAGGGAGCAAUGUCUGGUGUGUGCAUCUAGUUUAACAGGAGGGAGACUUGUUCUUGCCGCUCCCACUGUCUUCCCAGAAAUGCCUUUUUGAGAAAUGUGUUCCUAACCAAGUAUCUAGUACCUUGGAUCCUGAACGCCUUGGUACUCAGACGUUUUGGCUCCCAAACACGGCAAGCCCGGAAGUGAGUGUUUCGGUUUGCGAACGUUCUUUGGAACUGGAACGUCUGACGGGGCAUCUGCGGCUUCUGAUUGGCCGCAGGCCGUGCUUUGGUUUCCGAACGUUUUGGAAGUCGAACAGACUUCCGGAAGAGAUGCCGUUCGACUUCCAAUGUACAACUGUAUCCCAUUUCCUAGGAGAAAAUAGGAGAAGGGUACCACGCCUCUGCCUAUAAACAAAAGAAGAAUGGGAACUGUGGGGUUGCAUGCUCCUCCCCUCCUUUGAUGUUACUGUCUCUUCACAGCCAUAAUCAGGAUUCCCUCUUAAGCAAGAUACUGUUUCCAUAGAUAGGGAACUUUCAUUAGCAGCAACUCAGGUUAAUGCUGGCGAAACCACUGUUAAAGAACUGCAGGGGAAGACUUAAAAGCCAUUAGGACACAAGUUAGAGUCCUGUUGGAUCAGACCGGAAGCUCAUCUUAUUGAGCAGCCUGUUCUCAUAGUGGUAAACCAGAUGUCUGGUGGAAACCCACAACCUUCCCAUCAGCAGAAGGACAAUUGGAUUCAAUUCCUACAGAAAAAAAAUCACACAAAGGAGCAGCUUGAAUAAUUCUCUCUCUCUCUCUCUCUCUCUCUCUCUCUCUCUGUGUGUGUGUGUGUGUGUGUGUGUGUGUGUCUUUCUCUGUAUUCCAUGUACUGACCUAAGUUUGCUUUUUACCUUCCUAGGCCUGAAUGGACUUCUGAAUUAAACAUGUACAGAGUGGAGGCAGCCUGGAAACUGACACAGUGGGAUUCUCUGGAAAAUUACAUAGCUGCAGGUAGCUAUUUAGAACAAAUGCCAAGAUGGUAUUUGUUAGGCUGAUGCUGGAUAAUUUUUUAAUUUAAGCAAAUAUCAGAUCUACAGUAAAAUAAUAAUAAUAAUCUGUAUUGUGUCGCUGCUGGAUUACAUUGAAAUGAAAAAGUGAUUUUUACUCUUUCUUUUAGAUGAAAAGUCAAAUACAUGGAGUGUUAGGCUCGGACAGCUGUUACUCUCGGCCAAAAAGAAAGAUGCUGCCCGGUUCUAUGAAACUUUGAAAGUUGUUCGAGCGGAGCAGAUAGUUCCUCUUUCGGCAGCGAGUUUUGAAAGGGGGUCAUAUCAGCGAGGUUACGAAUAUAUUAUCAGGUGCAGCUUCCUUUUUGCAUGUUCAGUGUCUCGAAGCGUCAGAUAUUAGUUUAGCCUUUCAUUUCGUGCACUGGGAGACAUUUUUUGCUGAAACCGUAAUGCACAUUUUUGACAGUGCUCAUUUGGGAUAACUAGGCUUUUUCUUACCCAUCUUGUUCCUACUUCAGGCAAGAAUUCCAACAUAGAAAAUUUAUCCGUGCAUUUAAAAAACCAUAUUGGAGCCAUGGCUAUGGUCAAAAGGAGAGGUAGCCAACCUAGUGCCCUCGAAAUGUUGCUUGUACUACAACUUGCAUCGGCUCCAGCUAGCCUGGGCAGUGGCUGGGGAAGAUGGAAGUUGCAACUAUUUUUUUAAUGCUUUCACUUUUAUCAUAACUUUCUGGAGAAGAGGACAGGAUAUGAGAUUUCUCGUGAGAUUGCACUAGUUUUUAGGCAUCUUCCGUACACCACAGUUGUGGCAGGGGGAGCAAAGUGUUAGCAGGAUUGUUCCAUUUGGUAUCCUGUUGAUAAAUUCACAUUGUGUAUUUUGAGCAUUCCGUGUGCUUUGAAUACAUUAUCUUGGUAACCCUCUGGGGUGGAUUAAUAGUAUUAGUCCUUCCAUCCCCAUCUGCUUUACAGGGACACAGAAAAAGAGGCUUUGCAUAGAACCAUCUAGUGUAGGAGUUGAGAACCUGUGCUACUCCAGAUGUUGUUGGACUACAGAUCCCAGCAUUCCUGACCGUUGUUCAUGCUGGUUUAGACUGAUGGGAGUUGUAAUCCAUGAACAUCAGGAAGGCCACAGGUUCCCUGACCCUGAUACAGAGAUCAUCUAGAUCUGAGAUUUGUAUCUGGUAAUCCCAGGUUGCUUGUGCUAGGUCUUCCGGGUCAUUUCAGGAUGUCCAGACACCAAAAGUGUACCAGUAGCAUACCACUGCCAGAAGGGGUUCUUGUUAAGAUUACUGAGGGGAUUGUUCAUGCAGACAGUGAAACAGAAUGAAAACACAUGUUGCUUAUCAAGCUGAUUUUGUUUUGUUUAACCGCAGGCUACACAUGUUGUGUGAGCUGGAGCACAGCAUUGGAUCAAUACUUCAGCAACCUGAUAGUGAUUAUGGUAAAGAUUCUCUGAACUGGUGUGCUCGCAUAGAAAUGACGCAGAACUCGUACAGGGCGAAAGAGCCCAUCCUGGCACUUAGACGGGCUUUGCUCAGCCUCACUAAAAGGUGAAACCAGGCUUAUUUUGUGUUCUUUCUAUCCUGAAACUUGAGUUUCUGCUCUCUCCAAGUGAGAUACUGGCUAAAAUGGAUUGAAAUGUCUUAUUUAAACAAAAAGAAUCCCACUGCCAAUUCCUUCUAAAACACACAAGCAUAUCUGUUGAAAGAAGCUUGGGUGUGUCUGAGGUGUGGCUGUUUCAUUUAAGCUUUGCAACUACCUAUGAAGUGAAAAUUAAGCUUCAUGGUUGAGUGAGGAUUAGAACCUUAGGUCUGUUACACCAAAUUAGGCCGUAAUUUUUCAGUAUGUCCUGAGUCUACUGAUAUAUUUAUUCACAUUGCUUGUAAUACAGACAUUUGUGUUCCUAGCUAGACCUAGAGGCAGCUCUGCAGGGUGAGAAUGAUCCAGAGUGUCUUAAUGUUGGAGCUAUCAAAGAUAAUGUCAUGUUGCAAGUCAUCAUGUAAAUAAUCCUAUGUAGUAGGUAGCACUCUGAUGAAUAGGAUGACUCAUAUGGAAAGGAACCAAAGCUUUAUUUUAAACCAGUAGCUUGAAUGAGGCUUGGAAGCUAACAGGUAGCAUGAACAAUCGUCUUUUAAGAUUGGCUAAAUUUGUGGAACUGCUUCCACAAACUCGGCUUCUUUGGUACCUAUUGAACACCUUUCACAAGCAGUUCCUUUGAUAUAUAUUUUUUUAACUUAGUUUAUAUUUUUACAGAAAGGGUUACAGUGAGCAGAUGGGAGAAUGUUGGCUCCAAAGCGCUCGAGUCGCCCGGAAAGCGGGUCAUCACCAAACAGCAUAUAACGCCCUCCUCAAUGCUGGUGAAUCCAAGUUAUCUGAGCUAUAUGUAGAAAGAGCAAAGUGGCUGUGGUCCAAGGUAAGGAAGUUAAAUAGAAUAAAGCCUGCUGUCAUGACACCAGGGUUGGACUCUUCUUUGUCAGGGGGUGAGGCUGGGGAUUCAGAAAAGGUGAGGGAAUAGCCCACGAGGCCAGCCCCAGAUGGAUAUAAUACACCAGAAGUACAUACACAAGUCUGUUGUGCCAGUGGUCCACAGUGGUUGUGAUGUCAUCGUCUGACUCCAGCUCAGAAGCUCACAGUCUCCUCCACUCCAUCAGAGCUGUUGACUGCUAAAGCAGACUGGUCUUCUUUUAAAAUGAAGCAUCUCCUCUUUCCAGAGAUGGAGCCAGCUGCUGAAAUGCAACUGCAUCCUUAUUUAAGGUUCAGCUGAGGAUGGUUGCUGCUGAAGCAGCGUUCGAGCUCUGCCACUGAAGCCUCGCCUUCAUACCGCUGAAGACAAUCCCUCAAAGCAAGAGUGUAUUCCUCCAUGCAUAAAUGCGUGGAGCAAACAGAACAUUUUAUAGAAAGGUGUACAAGUUGGAAAUAAAUAAGUGAGGCUUCUUCUAGAUGUGAAUUUAUGGGCACAUAUCUGUAACUCUCUGGGUCAUGAUUUAUUUACAGGGUUCCCGCUUCGUAAAAUUCAGAAAAUGAAUGCUAACUUAUUGAUAAUGGUUUUUCUUUUUUAGGGGGACGCUCAUCAAGGUCUUAUCAUUCUUCAGAAGGGGGUUGACUUAUGUUUUCCAGAUAACCAAGUACCACCUGACACUAAAAGUAAACUUAUUCAUGGGCAAGCCCUGUUGCUGGUGGGAAGAUUUAUGGAAGAAACGGCCAACUUUGAGAGUAAUGCCGUAAUGAAAAAAUAUAAGGUAAGCACUAAACCUAGAGGAAUUACAUAAUACAGUGGUACCUCGGGUUACAGACGCUUCGGGUUACAGGUGCUUCAGGUUACAGGAGCUUCAGGUUACAGACUCCGCUAACCCAGAAAUAGUAUCUCAGCUUAAGAACUUCGCUUCAGGAUGAGAACAGAAAUUGUGCGGCGGCAGCGCACGAUUUAGCUAAAGUGGUACCUCAGGUUAAGAACAGUUUCAGGUUAAGAACGGACCUCCAGAACGAAUUAAGUUCUUAACCCAAGGUACCACUGUAUAUUGUAACAUGUAAAGAUGUAGUAAAGGCGUGUUGAAUUAUAUUGUAUUGCUUUUCAGUUAUUUGUGUAUUUUUUCUAACUUGUACAGUUACAUUUUGUAGGACAUUGUUCAAACAUAACUGACUGAAUGAGGAAGUAUAUCCAGCAUUAUGCAAAUUGAAUGCAAUAUGCACAGUCCAUCUUUCAUUUCUGCUCUUCCCCACUGCCAGUCCUCGGUGCCUCUAAAAAAAAUGCUGGCAGAGGUGUCCAAACAGUGUGGGGUACAGUGGACUGCGGGGAGGGAGUCACCUAAUAUUUGGGUGGAGGAAUUUUCCACCCCUCAUGCAAGGUUCCCGGUUUUCAGAUGAUACUCCCCUCUCCCCGUCGUCCACUGUAGCUCCAUAAGACACAACCCUGACCUUCUGGAAAUACUUUUUUGGAGUUCUAGGGGGCUACAAGGAGGAAGGGGGAAGGGAAGCUCAGUUGCACUGGUACAACCGAAGAUUCUUAAUUCUAACUAUUCAUUUCCACCCCCCUUCCCAUUUUUCCCCCCCAGGAUGUUACUACUUACUUGCCAGAAUGGGAGAAUGGACACUUCUACCUUGCUAAAUACUAUGAUAAAGUGAUGCCUACAGUAACAGAAAACAAGAUGGAAAAACAGGGAGAACUGAUUAAAUAUAUUGUUAUUCACUUUGGAAGGUUAGAAGGCACAGUUGCUGUUCAGUUGGUGCACUUACCUAUAUUUGGUUAUGUACAUUAAAUAUCUGUCACUAUGUAGCAGAUGGCUUGGGGUUGUGUUGAUUUAGUAGGAGUGUGUACACAGCCUUAGUAUGGGUUAUGGGAUUAAAGAACCAUUUAUAUCAUUUACAAUUUUUCUAUUAAAGAUUACAUGUCAGCAUUUUAAUUUCAGAUCCUUACAUUUCGGAAAUCAGUUCAUCUACCAGUCAAUGCCAAGAAUGUUAUCUCUGUGGCUUGACUUCGGAGCUAAAGCAUAUGAAUGUGACAAAGGUAGGAAUUUUUUAUAUUAAAAAACACACUGUUUCUACAUUAUCUAGAGACAAUUUUUUUCUCUUUUUACACUAAUUGCAUUAGUUUCUGUAUUCUGGACCUAGAUGGUCCAGUUGGAGUGACUAGAAGUGAACUGGUAUUGACUUUAUGAUAUGUGCCAUGAUCCUUGAAAAGUAAAUAUCAGUGAAGAUUUUCCGGAUCCUCAUAGCAAAAUAAGGAUUGUUUUACGUCUUAUCAUCUAGGUAGUCGUCAUGAUCGUGCACAAAUGAAAAACGACUUGGCUAAAAUCAACAAGGCGAUUACAGAGCACACCCAACUUUUGGCUCCUUACCAGUUUUUGACGGCUUUCUCUCAGCUGAUUUCUCGAAUCUGCCACUCCCAUGAUGAUGUCUUUGUUGUUCUUAUGGCAAUCAUUGCGAAGGUUUUUGUAACCUACCCUCAACAGGCAAUGUGGAUGAUGACUGCUGUAUCCAAGGUAACUUGAUAAAUACAGUUACAUCUCUCUCUCUCUCUCUCUCUCUCUCUCUCUCUCUCUCUCUCUCUUUUAGCUUUCUGUCUCCAAACAGAACAGCCAGUUCAGUUUUCAGAUACAUGAGCAAAUUUUGUGUGUGUGGAGUUGCCGCUUUCUUUUAAGGGUCCCUCAUGCACAGGGGUCUUAAUAUACUAGAUUUCCAGUCCCUCUUUAAUUUUCUAAUCAAAUAUCAUUUUCUUAACUACAAGUAGAGGAAGCUGCAGUUAGGCCAGUUAUUCUGAGUAUUAUGAAACUGCAUGACAGGUUGACUUCAUUUAUUUUAAAUUUUUUAUCCCAGGCAAUCACCCUUCUAGACAUUGAGCUAGCAUGGAUCUGCUUAGCUGCUUUAUAACCUUCCUCAUAUUUGAAGCCAUGCUGUCUCACUCAUACGUAGUAUUUGCGUCUCAUGAGGGCUCAUCUGGGGCCUACGUUAGUGUUUUUAAGAUGCCAGGAAAAUAAAUUUUGGUUUUCCCAGUCUUUUAACAUCUGUAGCUUACUAUUUCUGCUGUGCUGGUUUUUAGUGCUGCCUUUAAUUGUUCUAAACUGACGUCCUGUGGUGUUGUUGUAAAACCACCCUGGAACUUUUGAAUUGAAGAGUGAUACAGAGAUAUUUGAAAUAAACUCUUUCUAUUUUGUAGUCCUCCUACGCAAUGCGUGUGAACAGAUGCAAGGAAAUCCUCAACAAAGCUAUUCACAUGAAGGCAUCUCUGGGAAAGUUUAUAGGGGAUGCAGCUCGCCUGACAGAUAAACUCCUAGAGCUGUGUAACAAAUCGGUAAAGUUUAUUCCGCACAGAAGUUGCUCCUUUCCCAUAGUUUAGCGUUGCUAAUCAGAUUUAAAGGGUUCUUCUACUUGGUGAAACAAGACUGUACAAUCUGGUGUUUUCUUCUGGAGGAGGCCCCAACUUGCUGGAGCAGAUAUGGGGUGCUGCUGCAGGACGGAUGCUGCAACAUUUAUUCCAUCAACGGUGUCAGUUCUGCUGGGAGAUAGACACUGUUGGACUUCACCUACAACAUUGUUAUUAUGCUACUUGACACUUGAAGAUAAUAAUUUAGGUUGCAAUCCUAAGCCCGUUUGCUUGGUAGUAAACCCUAUUUAACCCAAUGGGACUUACUUAGGAGUGGACAGGGUGAGGAUUGCCACCUAAGACGAUUUAUAAAGAUGAAAAUGCUAGGUUACAUAUCCCCGAGGCUUCAAAAUCAUUAUUUCAAAGUGAUCAGAUUUUCAGUAAUUUUAUUGGUUUUAAUAAAGACAUAAUUGAUAAAUAAGCACACUUUGGUAUUAAGAGGUCUUUGAUGAGCUAUGCUCAGUGCUUUUUUUUCUAAAAUAAUGGUUGGGGGGUACUUUUAUUUUGAGUAAAUCACCAUUUUAUAGUUCAAAUUGGGGGAAAUACAGUAAAUGGACAAAAAUACAAAGAUUCACAAAAUGUUUAGGGGUAUGCAUACCCCUGUGUCCCCCCAGAAAAAAAGCACUGGCUAUGCUUAUUGUUGUACUGACUAAAACAAUAAAUAAAUCCAGCUGUUUGCUUGGUUUUCCUUGCACAGUUUAAUUAUUGCAUUGAGGUUAGUUCUGACGCAAGGAACUCCCCUGAACAUAGUUUGUGGAGAUGAAGUUCAGUCCCAUUUCACAAAACGGAGGGGAGAAUUGGAAAUAUUCCUAAACUGUGAAAUAAAAGUUGUAUAUGGAAACUGUUAAGUGUGUCAGUAUCUUCUAAGUAUUUACCUUACCCUUUGAGCAGUAUGCAUUAACUUUUUUCCCAGGUUGAUGGGAGCACCUCCACAUUAAGCAUGAACAUUCAUUUCAAAAGUCUCAAAAAGCUGAUAGAGGAGCAGACAUUUAGUGAAAUCCUUAUUCCUUUGCAAUCGGUAAUGAUACCUACUCUGCCUUCGGCUCCUGGCACACAUUCGAAUCAUGAUCCUUUUCCUGGGUGUUGGCCUUACAUUGCUGGCUUUGGUGACACAGUGAGUAUUAAGGUUCUAUGUUUAAAUAUAUACUGAUGCAAGUUAGCUCUUUAACAUACAGUAAAUUACUUGGCUGCAGAGGUGAAUAGCAGAAAAGAAAUAGAGGGGAAAGGGUCUUUGAUAAGGGGAAGGAUGAACUGGAGCCCUGAGGGGGUUGUCUGGAUAACCAAUAUAUAUAUAUAUAUAUAUAUAUAUGGACCGAUAUAAAGUUUUGAGAUGGUUUGGAUUAGGUGUAGAUUUCACCAAGAGAAUACAUUAAGCAUUUUUUCCCCCCAUGCUAAAUUGUUGCUGUCUUUUUCUUUAGGUUGAAAUUCUUUCCUCUCUUCAGAAGCCCAAGAAGAUUACUUUAAAUGGUUCAGAUGGGAAGUCUUAUAUCAUGAUGUGCAAGCCAAAAGAUGACCUAAGAAAGGACUGUCGACUCAUGGAGUUCAAUUCCCUGAUAAAUAAGGUUCUUUCACUCUUUAAGUGUGUUUUGCAAAGCUGGAUAUUGGCAGUCUAACUAACCUUUUCACCCCCUUACUUUCCACUGGGGCUUUGUAGGAGUAUUGCCUUGUUAAUUGCCCCCCCCCCAAUCAUGAAUUAAUAAAGAAAUAAAAUUUUAUUCACAAAAAGAAGAGACUUGAAACAAUACAAUAUACUGUUUGCUAUAUCAACUAUAGUGACCAUUUAUGAUAUUUAUUCAGGAACCCUCCUCCAGACUCUUUACUUUUGCAGUACAGUUGUACCUUGGAUCCCGAACACCUUGGUACUUGGAUGUUUUGCCUCCCAAAUGUGAGUGUUCUGGUUUGCAAACGUUCUUUGGAACCCGAACGUCCGGCGGGGCUUCCUGCAGCCAAUCAGAAGCCACAUUUUGGUUUUCAAACGUUUUGGAAGUGGAACGGACUUCCGGAAUGGAUUCUGUUCAACUUCCAAGGUACGACUGUACUGAGAAUUCUUCAUUGUUAGGCAUUGACAUCUGCAUGCGUGUACGUAUGCAUAAAAGACCCUUGAAGCAUCCAAACCAUAAAUGAGCAAUCUUGACCAUUUUAAUUCCAGUAGCUACAACCUUUCAGACGUUUGAUAUUUUUUCUACAGAGCAAGUGUUUGGUCCAAGGAUAUGAGAAGAAAGUGAAACCUCUGUAUCUGUUUUCAUAACUCUUAGUCUAGAAGGCAACACUUAAAUUCUAUCUAGCUUUCCUUUUCUGAAAAACAAUGCCCCCCCCCAAAUCUCAUCCUCUGAUGUCACAUACCAUCCUGACCACUCUGACAAUUCUUGGCACACAGCAAUCAUCUGAUAUGCCAACUGUUACUGAGGAAGGUAGAUGCUGAUACAUGUAACUAAACAGUUUGAGAUACUGUACAUACUAUUUUUCUUAUUUGUACAACUAUAAUAAAGAACUAUGGGAUGGAUCCCAGCCAUUGCUAGAGUCCAGCAAAUAUUUCAGCUUUUCAAAUGUGACAUUGGGUAUGUGGUGGUGAUUUCUUAAGCUGUACAGGGUUGUAUUUAGUUAGCCUCCAUGAAUUGCUGCUGCCUAUUUCACACUACUUUAGAACACCAGCUAUGUAUGCCCUUUUUGGCAGAAAAGAGUAGCAUGGAAUAGCUGGAAGAGAAUGAAAGAUAUAGGGGGGUGUAUGAGUGAGUGAGUGAUUUUAUUUAUAUGGUAUAUAUGGCAUUGGUCUUAUGGUGGGUGAUAUGUUUCUUCCAUAGUGCUUAAGAAAGGAUGCAGAGUCACGAAGGAGAGAACUCCACAUCCGAACCUACGCUGUUAUUCCUCUGAAUGAAGAAUGUGGAAUAAUUGAAUGGGUGAACAACACUGCUGGUUUAAGAAAUAUCCUGAUCAAAUUAUACAGAGAGAAAGGUAGGAAACAAAAGCCCUUUUUAAAUGGAAAAAUAAAUAAAUGUGUGAGUGACAACAGAAGAUGUGGAAGGGGAGUGUGGAAUGUUACACAAUCCUUCAAAAUAUGUCAUGUUGGUCUCCCAUGCUCUGAUUAGUAUACAGCAGCUGCGUUUUCACAUAAUGGUAAGCAAUAAACUAUAGCUUGCUACACAUCAAAGUGUGCCUACUUUUUUCCUCCCUACUAGUGCUGAAUGAAAACCAACUACAAUACUUGGUUUACGGUUGUGCCCAGAUCAGGGAUCAUAUUUGCUUUACUCAAAACCAAACCAUGAUUGUAAGCCUUGGUUUGUUCCUGGCUUAACAGGUACGUGGGUGGCACUGUGGGUUAAACCACAGAGCCUAGGACUUGCCGAUCAGAAGGUUGGCGGUUUGAAUCCCCGUGACGGGGUGAGCUCCCGUUGCUUGGUCCCUGCUCCUGCCAACCUAGCAGUUCGAAAGCACGUUAAAGUGUAAGUAGAUAAAUAGGUACCACUCCUGCGGGAAGGUAAACGGCGUUUCCGUGCGCUGCUCUGGUUCGCCAGAAGCGGCUUAGUUAUGCUGGCCACAUGACCCGGAAGCUGUACGCUGGCUCCCUCGGCCAAUAAAGUGAGAUGAGCACCACAACCCUAGAGUUGGUCACGACUGGACCUAAUGAUCAGGGGUCCCUUUACCUUUACCUUGUUCCUGGCUUACCUAUUGUGGUUUGAGCAAAACAAGCCAUGACCCCUAGUUUAAACAUUCAAGCUAAGCCAGGGACCUUGGUUUGCUUCCUCCUCGUGUGAUUGGGGAGGAGCAGGGAAGGAGCAAAGCAGGUGCGAUUCACUUGUGCACUGUAAGCUGUGGCUUAUGGCCUAUCAAAAGGUGUAAAUGUAGCCUCAGUGUUUACUCAACCUAUCAUCGCUGACUAGCUUAACUGUAUAGCGUUAGCUUACUGUGUCUAACUGAUUUUUCUUUCAUAGGUGUCUACAUGACAGGAAAAGAGCUACGUCAAUGUAUGCUUCCAAAAACAGCACCUCUGUCGGAAAAACUGAAAGUUUACAAAGAAACUCUGCUUCCCCGGCACCCUCCGAUUUUUCAUGAAUGGUUUCUGAGGAAAUUCCCUGAUCCUACUUCCUGGUCAGUUUGUUGCCCUGUACUAUUGCAUUUAUGUUACUGUCAUGCCAAGGGUUAAAAAGAGAGCCAGUUGUAAUGUAGCAGAAGCUGUGAAGGCAAUAAGUUUAUUCAUCAUAGUAAACUAUAUGGGAUCUUGGUUUCUUUGCUGUGAUCAGAAACAUUUAAGUAUAAGGGUAAGAAGGCCCAAAUAACCAUGUGCUCCUAUGGUAUUUCUUCUUUCUAGGUACAGCAGUAGAUCAGCCUAUUGUCGUUCCACUGCAGUGAUGUCAAUGGUAGGGUACAUACUAGGGCUUGGUGAUCGUCAUGGAGAAAAUAUUCUGUUUGAUUCCUUAACAGGUGACUGUGUGCAUGUGGAUUUCAACUGUCUGUUCAAUAAGGUGAGAAACUAAAACACUUCCAUUGUCUGUCUCAAGUAAUCGAAAACAAUUUUGCUUUUCAAGUGACGUUGCACGGUUCAAAGAAGUUGCACAGCUGAACACUUGAGAAACUAAAGGAUUAUGUUGGAAGUUACAUCAUGAAUAUAUUUCUGUGGUGUCUGCUUGAGGUACUCCUGUAAAUGUUUAUGGCAAACUUCACUUCAGAACUUAGCAUUAUAUUAUGCCAAAAAUAUUUCGUUUUGGCAUCCGACAACCAAAUCAGCUGCUAGCUAACAGUCGCUUUAAAUAGCUUUUACGUGUUCAUUAUGCUCAGAGAAGAUCAUGACAAAGCAAAAAGCAAAAUAUAAAGACAUCAACUAUAACUAUAUGUAUAUGAGAUCAUUCAAAGUAUCUGUUUGCCUUUCAGAUUUUACAUAACAAUAAUAAAUUUACAGUAGUGUACUGGUUGGUUAAGGGACGCAGGUGGCACUGUGGGUUAAACCACAGUGCCUGGGAUAUGCCGAUCAGAAGGUCGGCGGUUCGAAUCCCCGCGACGGGAUGAGCUCCCAUUGCUCGGUCCCUGCUCCUGCCCACCCAGCAGUUCGAAAGCACGUCAAAGUGCAAGUAGAUCAAUAGGUACCGCUCCGGCGGGAAGGUAAACGGCGUUUCCAUGUGCUGCUCUGGUUCGCCAGAAGCGGCUUAGUCAUGCUGGCCACAUGACCCGGAAGCUGUACACCGGCUCCCUCGGCCAUUAAAGUGAGAUGAGCGCCGCAACCCCAGGGUCGGUCACAACUGGACCUAAUGGUCAGGGGUCCCUUUACCUUUACCUUUACUGGUUGGUUAAGUUUCGUUGGAAUUACAAUCUUAUGCAACAGUUAAUGUGCACUACAUGAGAAGGGUAGUCUUACGAAAUCCUACAAUGAAUUAUUUUCUUUUGAAGGGAGAAAUGUUUGAUUUUCCGGAGAUUGUUCCAUUUCGCCUUACCCAUAACAUGGUCAAUGGUAUGGGUCCAAUGGGGACAGAAGGUCUCUUCCGAAGAGCUUGUGAAGUUACACUGAGACUCAUGCGUGAUCAGAGAGAACCACUAAUGAGGUACAAUAACAGAGAUGUGAAAAUAUUCAUAUGUUAUCUAACUUUACAAUGUGAACUAUUUAACCACUGUAAAUUCCUAGCCGCACUUUAACUUUUCAGGGUUGGAGGGGGGGGGAUGCGGCUUAUAUUCGGGCCAAUACGGUACAUGCAAGAUGCUGUGAGCAUUUUGAAGGAAGAGCGAAGUGUAACAACAACAAAAUUCUGUUUGUGUAAUGAUUUAGAAUUGCAGAAGUUGAAAGAUGUAUAAAUAAUGUUUCUUUCCCACCGAAACUGCAACUACAUGAAUUUUCUUGAACCAUUAUCUUUCCUUUGUUUAUAUGUUAUCUAGCGUUUUGAAGACUUUUCUCCACGAUCCUCUUGUGGAAUGGAGUAAACCAGUCAGAGGGAAUACGAAAACCCUCGUGAAUGAAACUGGAGAAAUUGUCAAUGAAAAGGUGACUUGGUGGGGGUGGGGACACCUUAAGUACAGGCAGGACAGUUAAUUCAUAUUGUGUGCCAAAAAUUCAGAUUCUGUGCCAAGGAGUCCUACACUUGGGCUAUGUACACAUCAUACAUUUAAAAUACAUUACUCCCCCCUUCACAAUAAUCCUGGUAGUCUACCCCUUAUAGCGCUACAAUUCCCAGCACCCUUAACUACAUUUCCUAGAAUUCUUUAGGGAGUCCAUGUGCAUUAAAUGUAUGAUGUGCAUGCAGCCUUGGUGUACCAAUAAAUUAUGCAAAUUACAGUUGCUUAGUUUACAAGUUCCCUUUUUGAGCCAAAUAUCUGAAGUGGAGUGCAAGUCACUAUGAGUAACUGGAAGAGAGGAAUGCCUGGUAGUAAUUAAUAAAAAUAGCUAUUAAUGCAACUUUCAGGUGGGGGACAGAUGUAACUGCUGCUACUAAAAGAUUACCUUCUAGUCUAUUAAUGCCACCCUUUUGUCAUCUUGACUAUUGUUUGCUUGCUUUCAGGCCAAGACCCAUGUUUUGGAUAUAGAUCAGCGACUUCAGGGUGUGAUUAAAAACAGGAAUAGAGUAAAGGGUCUGCCUUUGUCAAUUGAAGGACAUGUUCACCACCUCAUUCAAGAUGCGACAGAUGAAAACUUUCUGUGCCAGAUGUACCUUGGCUGGGCUCCGCAUAUGUGAACCUCUAGCAUUUACAAACGGGUUGCUGUAAAAAAAAAUGGGGGGGGAGGGUUAGUUCAGGAACACCUGUUUUUUGUUUUUUAAAAAACGUUUCCUAUCAUUUCUGCUUUGGUAUUUUCUGCUAGCACAACUCUGUGUUUCAGUGUGUGAUUUUGUUUAUAUUCCAUAUUUGUAUAUAAAUGCCACUUGUAUUUGAAAAGCCAUUUAUACAGAUUAUUAAAGAGCUGAAACCUUUCAUUUUA